GGGAAGGGCACGCGCGGCCUCUUCCGCUUCCGCCUUCCUCUCCGUUAACUCCCUCCCUGCCGGCCCUUCGACUGUGAGGAGGGAAAGCGGAGAGGGCGGGAGUGGGGAGGGGGCUCCGCGGGGAUGAACCGCCCGAAGCCCGCGGCCGCGCGCCGCCCCAGCGCCGUCGCCAAACCCUCCGGUGGGUAAAUGGGGGUGGGGAAGCGCGUGCACGAGACCCGGGGGGGGGGGAAGGGCAGCUCCGCCCAAAAAACAAAAAACCCUCUUCUCCACCCCCCCCAAAAGGAAUGACGUAGAAUCCUAGAACUGCAGAGCUGGGAGGGGGACCCCCAGGGGUCAUCUAGGCUGACCCCCCGUAACGCAGGAGUAACAGCUCGACGAUCCUUGGUGGGUGGCCGUCCAGCCUCUGCUUGGAAACCUACGAACUGUAGAAUUGGAAGGGACCCCCUGCAGCCUUUCUCAACCUGUGGGUCCCCAGAUGUUGUUGGACUACAACUCCCAUCACCCCUUGCUGGGAAGGCCAGAGCUCAGGGAUGAUGGGGGUUGUAGUCCAACAACAUCUGGGGACCCACAGGUUGAGAACCGCUGCCUAGGGUCAUCCAGUCCAACCCCCUGCAAGGCAGGAAUCUCAGCUGAAGCCUCCAUGGCAGAUGGCUAUCCAACCUCCAAGGGAGGAGAGUCCAGAACCUCCAGAGGGAGACCGUUCCAUUGUUGAGUGGCUCUCGCUGUCAGAUGUUUCACUGGAAUUUCCUUUCUUGUUACUUGAAUCCUACCCUCCCUGGCAGGAGAAAACAAGCAUGGAGGUCCGUUCUUAACCUGAAACUGUUCUUAACCUGAAGAACCCCUUUAGCUAAUGGGGCCUCCUGCUGCUGCUGCGCCGCCGGAGCACGAUUUCUGUUCUCAUCCUGAAGUAAUAUUUCUGGGUUAGCGGAGUCUGUAACUUGAAGCGUCUGUAACCUGAAGCUUAUGUAACCUGAGGUACCACUGUAUUUGAAGAUGGCUAUCCUAUCUCCUCUCAGUCUCCUCUUUUCCAGGCUAAACCUAUCCAGCUCCUUCAACUGCUCCUCAUAAGGUUGGCUUCCCCACCCUUGAUCGUCCUCAGCACACUUUCCAGCAUGUCAAUAUGUUGCUUAAAUUGUGGCGCCCAGAAUUGGACACACUCUUCCAAGUGUGGUUUGACUAAGGCGGAAUAGAGUGGGACUUUUGCUUCCCUUUAUCUGGACACUAGACUUCUGUUGAUGCAGCCUAGAAUGGCAUUAGUUUUUUUUGCUGCUGCAUCACACUGUUGUCUCAUGUGAAGCUUGUGGCCCACUAAGACUCCUGAACAGCCACAGCCAGUCAGUGUCAGCAAUACUCAGCUACCUGAGCCAAUGGUCGGACUCAAUAUAAGGCAGCUUCCUGUUUUCUCCCUGACUUUGCAUUUCUCUGAACUGCUCUCUUUUUUCCUCCUAGGUCACCCGCCUCCGGGAGAUUUCAUCGCCUUGGGUUCAAAAGGCCAGUCCAAUGAAUCGAAAGCGGCCGUCACGCUGCUCAAGCCGGCUUCGGCUGGGUUGCCUUCCGAGCGGAAGCGGGAGGCCGCCUCCAGUCUUGCCAAGCGCCCCAAACUUUCCUCGACACCGCCUCUCAGUGCCUUGGGACGCCUGGCAGAGGCAGCCGUGGCUGAGAAACGGGCCAUUUCUCCUUCCAUCAAGGAGCCCUCCGUGGUCCCCAUUGAAGGUAAAGAGAGAGGGAAAGACCCUUUGCUCCAGAGAAGGCAAUAUACACCUCUGAAUACUAGUUGCUGGAAACAGCAGGAGGGGAGAGGGCUUUGUGUUCGAAUCUUGAUUGAGUGUUUCCAGGAAAGGCAUCUGGUUGGCCAUGGUGAAAACAGGAUGCUGGACUUGAUGGGUCAUUAGCCUGAUCCAGCAGGUUCUUCGUGUGUCCAACAGACAUCAUUUACAUAUGCAGAUGUUUUGAUGCAAAGGUAGAUGAUGGACUUUGUUGCUCUGAGGCAGAUUUCAAGCCCUGUGGGCAAAUAUGAAGCAUGCUGCAAGACUUCUGCUCCUUAAUAUUUUGGCACCCUCACCAAAAAGAUUGUCCACCUUUAGGUUAUCAAGAGUGUUACCUUUUUUCCAAACCCCCCUAGAAGCCAUUUGCCUUGAGCUUUGGUAUAACGUUUAUUUGGAUUGCUUAAAAAUGACACCUGCCAAUAGGCUGAGGGCUCUGAGGAACCCAUUUCUUGUCUGGCUCUCUUUGCAGUGGCCCCAGCGGUUUUGCUGGAUGAGAUCGAGGCUGCGGAAGCCGAAGGCAAUGACGACCGCAUCGAAGGGGUGUUGUGCGGAGCCGUGAAGCAGCUGAAAAUGAACCGGGCAAAGCCCGACACCACCCUGUACUUGAGCCUGAUGUACCUGGCAAAAAUGAAGCCCAACAUCUUUGCCACGGAAGGAGUGAUUGAGGUGAGAGCCGGAUUUGUCUUUGUGCAUCAAGUUUAGAAAUAUUGACUAAACUCUAGGGGCGUGGUGGGAUAGACAAUGGAACAUAUCUCUUUUGGAUAUUUUGGAGCGCCCUCGUACCUAUGGGACCCCCUCUCCUGGUAUGCCCCACGGAGGACCUUAAGGUCCGUAAAUAGCAACACCCUAGAGGUCCUGGGCCUUAAGGAAGUUAGAUUAGCCUCAACCAGAGCCAGGGCUUUUUCAACACAGGCUCCUGUCUGGUGGAACGCUCUGUCUCAUGAGACCAGGGCUCUGCGGGAUCUGAUUUCUUUCCUUAGGGCCUGUAAGACAGAGUUUUUCCUCCUGGCCUUUGGCUUGGAGUCAAUUUGAUUCCCUUCCCCUCUUUCUUUUUUCCUUUCUCCUCCUGUGAUGAGGCUGCAUUUUAAUGUUUUAAUGUUGUAUUUUAAUCUUGUUUUUAAGUUGUAUUCAUUCAACUUGUUUUUAUUAUUGGUUGUUAGCCGGCCUGAGCCCGGCCUUGGCUGGGAAGGGCGGGGUAUAAAUAAAAUUUAUUACUAUUAUUAUUAUUAUUGGAGAAACUAAUGUAGCACUAAGGAACACAAAGACCAAAGUUGAUUUUUAAACCAUAUGGUGCAUGCUUUUUCAAUAUACAGGAAAUGACGAUGUUGCCCCCUUUCCAUCAGCUACUCACAGCUCACUCGGGGACAAUUGGUUAAAAAAGAGUAUAGAAGACCCUUAACUGAUAGAAUCAACUCUAAGCUGUUAUACAAACCUGCUUAACUUUUGACUCCAUCAUUUACAUGGAAGGCUUUCUUAGCAGGUAGGAAACUUUCAGGAUCUCUGCUUGUUCUCAGUGGGGGAAUUUGCUUUUGCAGGCACUGUGCAGUCUUCUCCGCCGAGACGCCUCCAUCAACUUCAAAGCCAAAGGGAACAGCCUGGUGUCUGUCUUGGCCUGCAACCUCCUCAUGGCGGCAUACGAGGAAGACGAGAACUGGCCCGAGAUCUUUGUCAAGGUACACCAACUUGGGGCAGUGCUCGUGUGGGAGGCUUACUGGAGGCAGGCGGAAGUGUUAAGGCUGUGUGCAAGGACAGGAGCAUCUUCAACACCUGUCACUCGAAAAUAAUUAUCUCUUUUAAAGUGUUUUUAUCCCUGCUCUUCAAAUGAGAAGGCUCCCAGAGCGGCUUUGUGUUUUAGAUAUACACAGUCAAAAGGAAACAAGGCAGGCCCUGGUGAACAUGUCACAAAAGGAAAAAGCAAUGGGGAGGGAAGAGGAAAUCAAGCAAACUCAGCAUCAGUUCUUAAAGUGGCCAGCUUGAAUCAAAACAAUCCAAGGGCCAAUUGGAGUGGUGUUGUCAGUCCCUCUGCUGCAGCCUGGUGGAGUGGCAGCUUCUAGAAAGAGAAGCAAAUACAACAGUAAUUAUAUAAUAAUAAUAAUAAUAAUAAUAAUAAUAAUAAUAAUAAUAAUAAUUUAUUAUUUAUACCCCGCCCAUCUGGCUGGGUUUCCCCAGCCACUCUGGGCGGCUUCCAACUGAAUAUUAAAAACAGUACAGCAUCAGACAUUAAAAACUUCCCUAAAGAGGGCUGCCUUCAGUUGUCUUUUAAAAGUAAAAUAGUUGUUUAUUGCCUUGACAUCUGCUGGGAGGGCGUUCCACAGGGCAGGCACCACUACCGAGAAGGCCCUCUGUCUGGUUCCCUGUAACCUUACUUUUCACAAUGAGGGAACCGCCAGAAGGCCCUCGGCACUGGAUCUCAGUGUCCGGGCUGAACGAUGGGGGUGGAGAAAUAUCCUACCCCAUUGACUAAUGUUUUUAUUAAGCUAUGGAGGAUUUAUGAUUUUGGCUAAAAUUAGAGGGAGCCCAGAGUCGCCGGAGCUGCAAUAAUCAGCUACCGUUCAUUUCUAUCACACAGAUCUGUGUCAUCCCAAAAGUUUGAAUACCCGUAACACCAGCAUCUGAUAUAAGAGUGGCUGGAAAGUACUGAUCUUGUCUGUUUGGGGCACACCCACCCACCCCGCUUAACUGCUUUGAUGCCUGUGUGUUGGUUCUCUUGACAGUUGAGCCCUGGGAUACAAAUAGGGGACUAGUUCUUUUCAGUGCAGGUGCAGAGAAGAGUUUCUGUUCAUCUCCUUUUCAGGUUUACAUUGAAGAUUCUCUGGGAGAGCGUAUCUGGGUAGACAGCCCCCACUGCAAGACCUUUGUGGAAAACAUCCAGACAGCCUUCAGCACCAAGAUGCCUCCCAAAAGCAUUUUGCUGCAUGGGGAGGUUGGACGCAGCGGAGGAGACCUGAGCGCUGGUAGGACUCUGACUCAGAGAGUUGCUUGGAAGGUGGUUGUUUGUUUUCUGAACAUACAGAUAACAACAUCAACAUGCAAGACAAUCACAGUACAUCCAUUUUAAUCGUGUUCACUGUGAAGUCCAGUAGAUUAAAUUUAAAAGAUCUCUAGUGUUUGAUUGAGAAAUUAUGGUAUGUGUAGACCUGUUGACAUAUGAAAUCAAACCAAGCUAAACUGCCAGAGUCAUGUUUUUUACCUUCCAUUGUCUAUUUGUUAACCUUUCAGUUAUGUAUUGUUUUACCCAGGGGUCAGCAAACUUUCUCAGCACGGGGUCGGUCCACUGUCCCUCAGACCUUGUGGGGGGCCGGACUGUAUUUUUUGGGGGGAAAUGAAUGAAUUCCUAUGCCCCACAAAUAACCCAGAGAUGCAUUUUAAAUAAAAGGGCACAUUCUACUCAUGUAAAAACACUAGGCAGGCCCCACAAAUAACCCAGAGAUGCAUUUUAAAUAAAAGGGCACAUUCUACUCAUGUAAAAACACUAGGCAGGCCCCACAAAUAACCCAGAGGUGCAUUUAAAAGAAAAAGAAAAACUCUUUCCCAAACUUACCGACUCCUCCUUGACUGGACAGUCGAGGAGGAGGAGGUAACAGUGGCAAUGGUGAGGUGGUCCCAGGAUUUUGGCCACUCAAUAACCAUGGCCCAAUGGGAAAAUUUAUGGAAGAUCAAUUGGAAAUUCACAAAUUGUUACACGAUUAGAGAGAACUUUCAAAAAUGCAACAUCGAUGGUAUCUAACACCAUGGAAGCUUUCAAAAAUGUAUAAAAAUGUAUCAAGUAAUUGCUGGAGAUGCGGAGACUCAGGAACAUUCUACCAUAUGUGGUGGAUAUGUAGGAAAAUACAGGUAUUCUGGGAGAGUAUACAUGCAGAACUGCAAAAAAUGCAAAAAAUGCUAAAGAUCUCUUUCAAUAAAAAACCAGAGGCCUACCUCCUGGGAAUAACAGAUUUGGAUAUUCCACAAAGGAGGAAGGGUAUCUUUUUAUAUGCGGCGGCGGCAGCAAGAGUUUUGAUCGCAGCAAAAUGGAAGAGUAAUGAAAUCCCCUCUAUUCAAGAUUGGAUCCAAAAGCUGACAGAAUAUGCUGAAUUAGAUGGUUUAUCAGAAAAAAUCAAAAAAAAUCAAAACAGGAAUUUGUUUCUAAAUGGGAGGUUUUUAAAGAAUAUCUGAAAAAUAAAUAUAGUAGUUUAAAUUCUGUUGCAGCAUUCGAGGAACUUCAGUAAUAGUUGCAAGGUAGAUAUAAGAAAUUAGAUUUAAUGAGAAUAAGUUUAAUUAUGAAAAAAAAAGUGUAUUGGCAAUAAGUAAUAUGAAUUUGAAGUAUGGAAUAGAUGGGAGGUUGGGUCUUUAGUGUUAAGACCAAUAGAUGUUUUAUUUGCUAAGAAUAUUAAGCGUCUAUGGUUAUUUUUGUAAUUUGUGUGUAAUUCGGUAUUUGUGUUUUUUGUUUGUUUGUUUUUCUUGUUGUAUAAAUAAAAUUUAAAAAAUAAAAUAAAAUAAAAUAAAAGCACACAUUCUACUCAUGUAAAAACAUGCUAAUUCCCAGACCGUCCACAGGCCGGGUUGAAAAGGCGAUUGGGCCAGAUCUGGCCCCCGGGCCUUAGUUUGCCUACCCAUGGUUUUACUGGUUUUACGUCCCACCUUUUUCUCCAAGGAGCUCAAGGUGUCGCCUGCGUGGCUCUCCCCCUCCUCUUUAAUCCCCACAACAACCCUGUUAGCCUAAUGGACAAUGACUGGCUCAUGGUCACCCAGUGAGCUUUAUAGCCAAAUGGGGAUUUGAACCCUGGUUUCUCAGGUCUUAGUCUGAUACUUUACCCACUGUGCCACACUGGCUCUCAAAUUUGCCAGAUGCUCAUGUACAACUUGGAUAACGUUAAUCCUGUACCAGUUUUCCAGUGUUUACUUAUCAGCUGCUGAGAUGCCACCUUUGAAACUAAAACUAAGUCCUUGUAAGGAACAUCAGCCUUUUCAUUAUCAGCAAAGGAACAACAAAGCCAGCUGUGGAAUUCACUGAAGCUUGCAUCCUACUAUUUAACCAGUCUCUUCAAAUACUUUUUGCCAAAACCAAUUUGUUACAGAACAGUUCCACCACGUAUGAUCAGUACAAUCCCUCCAGCAUGGUUUGCUUAACAUUGUGUUGAUGCAGAAGCUUAAAUGGAACUUCUCAGAAAUUGACCCAGUGUGAAAUUUUGACAAUGGUGCUUGGCAGGUCCUGGGAUCUGAAGAUGAGAUUAGCAGAGAGAUUGUCGCAAAACGAGAUGGCGUCAUUUCAUAGGGCUUAUUUCAAUAAACCAUUGUUUAAGGUUAACCACAGUGUACAGUUCAGACGUAGCACUGAACUGUCGUUAAUUGAAACUGGAAAUGAAAGCUUCUGCACUCCUCGUAGCUCUUCCAGAAAGGAAGGGUGAGAAUGAGUCUGUGACGUUUGCUGCUGCUUGUUCCCACUGUGACAAACCACGGUUUAUUGUGACAUCUGAACUUGCCCCCUUUUUCUGUGUUGAAAUGUGUGUUCUUGGUUUUCCUUCAGGGAACAGCCCACAUCCCUCUGUGCCUGAAGAGGAGGACAGUCAGAGUGAGCUGCUGAUUGCUGAAGACAAGAUGAGCCCAGAGCAGGAAGGACAACUGAUGCCCAGGUACGCUCACCCAUUGAUGACAAAUGCCCUCGCUUCAAACAGCACUGGAGAACUGCAGAAUGAUUGAAGGAAAUGUAGCAUGUGAGAUUCAGCUGGACCUUCCUAUGUCUUUAUUAACCCUAUAGCAGGGGAGGACAGACUCCACACUUACAGGACCUUGUUUGUACUUUAUCAGAUCCACCCAGUGGAGCCAGAUGCAAAAGCAUGGUGUCCUUCGCUUUUGAGCUUUGCUUUGCGUGCCAGAACUGAGGUGCACUCACACUCCUCCCCACCCCCCAGAUCCAUUCCUGGUCACCCCCUAGCUUUAAAUUGAAGUGUGGGUGUCCGGGAUAGGGGUCAGAGUCAACUUGUUGCUGCUGCUAUUGUUAAUGAAGUGAAGGCAUGAGGCAGGAGUUGGUAAUGCAGAUAGAAGAAGAAGAAGAGUUUGGAUUUGAUAUCCCACCUUUCACUCCCUUUAAGGAGUCUCAAAGCGGCUAACAUUCUCCUUUCCCUUCCUCCCCCACAACAAACACUCCGUGAGGUGAGUGGGGCUGAGAGACUUCAAAGAAGUGUGACUGGCCCAAGGUCACCCAGCAGCUGCAUGUGGAGGAGCGGAGACGCGAACCCGGUUCCCCAGAUUAGGAGUCUACCGCUCUUAACCACUACACCACACUGGCUCUCCAGGUGAGCUGUGCACAGGCAAGCUGCCAGCUAGCCCUGCUGAGGCUCUUUUUAUUAGCACAAUAUGCAAAACCAGUCAGAUGCAUUUUGGACUGUGCCCUUUACAUCUUCCAAUCACGUGAUCGUGGGGUGGUCCAAAGUUAUUUUGGCACCUGUUUCCACCGCGUCAUUUUCCCCUUGCACAAUGUAUGACGAAGGAGACAAAGGUCACAAGACAGGGCAUGGCAGACUACUGAGAAAGCCAAAGGUUAGAUAGAGGGCAUGAUGUUCAGAAAGCUGUGGCUUGUCUGUGGGUGGAAGUGUGCUCCAUGCCCGGCGAUCAUUCCUUCAGUUAAACAACCAGGAGUCAAACUCUUUCCAAUUUCCUGCAAAUCACUUAAAGAUCUCCCAGUAGAUCUGUAUGUGGCUUCUCUCAUCCCUGCCUUAUAGUCAUUGUAGUUCAUAUAGCUGUAGCCGCAGUGAUUGCAUAUGGCAAAGGCUGGGAAGAAGAAACGACGGGAUCAGCUGAGGGCAAGAGAAGAUGGUGAUUAGACUGUUCUGAGGCACAGUUGGUGCUAGCAUGAGAGACAACCUUUUCUGUGUCUGCUCCCCUAUUGGGGGAUUCCCUCCCAAGAGAGGUCAUCGUGGCUCCCUCCCUGUUAUCCUCCAGCUGGCCGAUCAAGACCUUCCUCUUCAGACAGACAUUUGGAAACUAAGGUGCAGACAGACGAUACUGAUAAUGGGGUUGCUCUCAGGACAAACCGCAUUUGUAAUUGCUGGUUCUCAAUGUGCUUUGAUGCGUCUCAUUGAGUGUUUCCCACCAGUUUGUUUUUGGUAUUUUAUAAUAAUGCUUCUUCCAAAUGUUGUCAGCCGCCCUGAAUCCCAGUUCGGCUGUGUGAUAGACCUAAAAGCCAUGGCCUCAACCCUGUUCUGCUCUGUUAACCUGCUUCUAAAAGCAGCCUGUGCUUCAUGCCCAACAUUCAUUUCCGAGCACAAUUCAAAGUGUUGGUGCUGACCUUUAAAGCCCUAAACAGCCUCGGCCCAGUAGACCUGAAGGAGCGUCUCCACCCCCAUCGUCCAGCCCAGACACUGAGGUCCAGCUCUGAGGGCCUUCUGGUGGUUCCCUCCCUGCAAGAAGUAAGGUUAAAGGGAAGCAGGCAGAGGGCCUUCUCGGUGGUGGCGCCCGCCCUGUGGAACACCCUCCCAUCAGAUGUUAAGGAAAUAAACAACUACAGUGGUACCUUGGGUUAAGAACUUAAUUUGUUCCAGAGGUCCGUUCUUAACCUGAAACUGUUCUUAACCUGAGGUACCACUUUAGCUAAUGGGGCCUCCCGCUGCCGCCGCACCACUGGAGCACGAUUUCUGUUCUCAUCCUGAAGCAAAGUUCUUAACCCGAGGUACUAUUUCUGGGUCAGCGGAGUCUGUAACCUGAAGCAUCUGUAACCUGAAGUGUCUGUAGCCUGAGGUACCACUGUAUCUGACUUUUAGAAGACACCUGAAGGCAGCCCUGUUUAGGGAAGUUUUUAAUGUUUGAUGUUUUAUUGUGUUUUUAAUAUUCUGUUGGGAGCUGCCCAAAGUGGCUGGGGAAACCCAGCCAAGUGGGCGGGGUAUAAAUAAUAAAUUCCUAUUCUUAUACGGCCUUGUCCUGUCCCAGGUACGACGACCUGGCCGAGAGCGUGGAGGAAUACGUCCUGGACAUGCUACGGGACCAGCUCAACAGGCGCCAGCCCAUGGACAACGUGUCCCGGAAUCUCUUGCGCCUCCUGACUGCCACCUGCGGCUACAAGGAGAUUCGACAAAUGGCCGUGCAGAGGCUGGAGAUGUGGCUGCAGAACCCCAAGGUAAGAAGGCUGGGCUUGGUUUGGAUUUUUUUAAAAAACUGAAACUCCCCGUUCCCUUACUUGAACUUGGAGAUGGGGCUGGAUUCUGUCCAGGACAGGUAUUGCUUUUGUUUGUUGUUAUGGUAUGUUGUGUGUGUGUGUGUUUAUAUUGUAAAUCGCCCUGUGAUCUUCAGACGAAGGGCAGUAAGGAGAUUUAAUAAAUAAUCCUAAUAGUCUGACCUGAUAUUAGGCAGCUUCCCAUCUUCAUUUUUUAAAUCAUUUUUAUUGUUUUUGCAAAUACAAAGUACAAAUAAACACAAACUUAUAAGAACAUAUCUGUAUAAAUUCUCUGAAUCUUGAGACUUCCCCCCAUCCCCUCCAUAAAGUCUUAUUUUAAGCAUCUACAACUGCAUAUUCAUCCAUACUCCAAUUUUUAUAUCAAACUAUGUUGUCCAUAAUAUUUUUUAUGCUACAAGUGAGUCAAAAUCCUGCUCUUGUUUCCAUCUCCUUACAGUGGUCUCCUAAGUAACUUAUAAAAUUUCCCCAUUCUUUUAUAAAGUUUUUAUCCUUUUGGUUUCUGAGUUUUCCAGUCAGCUUUGCCAUUUCAGCUUGGUUUGCCAUUCUUCUCUGGUAGGGACUUUAUCUUCUUUCCAACUCCGGGCUAAGCUUCCCAUCUUAAUUUUAUUCGUGUGGCUUCUUUCUCCCCUGCCUGCCCUCAUUGCACCCCUGUUCCCCUUCCUUCCCAGCUCACCAGGCCUGCCCAGGACUUGCUCAUGUCGGUCUGCAUGAACUGCAACACCCACAGCUCCGAGGACGUCGAGGUGGUCUCCAACCUGAUCAAAAUCCGCCUCAAACCCAAAGUGCUUCUCAACCACUACAUGUUGUGUGUCAGGUAAGCCCAGGCUGAAGCCAGGCAAAAGGCCCUCUUUCACUAGGCCUGGGGGCCUAAUCCGGCCCCUGUGACAGUUUAUUUCAAUCCCAAGAAAGCUCAACAACUUUGGGGUAAAAUCGUAAAAAAAAACCUCAACAACCCUAAAAGGUCAACAACUUUGGAUCUGGCCCUCUUUGAAAAAAGUUUGGACACCCCUGCACUAGGAGACCUGAGUAAUAAUAAAUAAUAAUACAUUUUAUUUAAACCCCGCCCUCCCUGGCCAGAGCCGGGCUCAGGGCGGCUAACACCAGUCAAAUUACAAUAAAAACAUAAUAGGGGUUUGGGAACCAAUUUAAAAUACAGGUUAAAAAUACAAUUUAAAAUGCAGCCUCAUUUAAAUAGUAGCCCAUAGAUCAAAACCCUAAGGGGAGGGAAACAUAAGGGUCAGACUGAGUCCAAACCAAAGGCCAGGCGGAACAGCUCUGUCUUGCAGGCCCUGCGGAAAGAUGUCAAGUCCUGCAGGGCCCUAGUCUCUUGGGACAGAGCGUUCCACCAAGUCGAGGCCAGUACUGAAAAGGCCCUGGCCCUAGUUGAGACCAACCUAACCACCUUGUGAUGUGGGACCUCCAAAAUAUUGUCAUUUGUGGACCUUAAGGUCCUCCGCGGGGCAUACCAAGAGAGGCGGUCCUGUAGGACAAAGGGCAAAGGUGGGCCAAAUCCUGCUUGUGGGUAGGGCUGGACUUGUGGGUAGGUUUUCAACAUUGUGAUAUACGGGCUAAAUAUCGUGAUAUACCAAUGUAUCACAAUGUCUGAAAUAAGGAUGGAACUACAUAGAGGCAUUGGCUGGCUUCACGGCUUUACCUGCAUUGUGGUUCUUGCAUUACACACACACACAUCGUGAUUCACAAUAUAUUGCCACAUCAAAAAUUAUGAAACCGAUAGCACAAUAUGGACUUCAAACUGGUUUUGGACAAUAUAUCAGUCUAUCGCCCAGCCAUACUUGCGGGAGAGAGCAGGGGCAGCAGGAGCAAGGUUUGUGCACAUCAGUGGUUAGGAAAAGAGACUGGUGGAUCUUAAAUUGUUGCUAAUGGAGAUGGGGAAGCGUUUCUCCCCUACAUCUGGCAGGUGCCAGGGGCAGGUGGAAUUAGCAGUUUGUCUAGGAGCCUAGUUACAGUCAACUUGGUUGGUUCUUUGUUCAAAACCUCUGGUGGGAACACCACCCCGUAAAAGAAUUUUGGUCUGAUGUGCUUAAGCAACUGAUUAGUGAUAAUAUUAAAUUUAUGCUAGAAUUAUUUUUUGCUUUCAUAAUGUUUAAACGCUGCUUGACCGUUAAAAAGAAAAGCAAAUGAGCAAACCACAAGGUGAAAAUUACUAGUAAUAACAACUAUCUAACACAUUAAAAAUAAAAAUAAGUAAGCAACAAACUAAAAACACGGUAAGACAUGUCAAUACAUCUGGGUAGGCUUGCCUAGACAAAAAUGUUUUUAUCUAGUGCUGAAAAGAGUUGAAUGAACGCUCUUGCCUGAUGUCAAUAGGCAGGAAGUUCCAAAGUGUAAGUGUUUUCUUACAAAUGCAGAAUGAGUAUUAUGUGGCACAUAAUAAUGGCUUUACAGGACAUCACAAGGACACCAAAUUUAAGGACUUGCUUCUGCAUUUCCUUAUAGUUGCUAGACAAGCCACCAUUUGAUUGUGGAAAAAACUGGAUAACCUAAACUUACCCACAUUAUAUAGAACGAUUUGGACUUUAGCAGUAGCAUAAAAAAUGCAUAUAGAAUCCAGGUUCUGCAAGGAAAAACCACAAUAAUUUUACAUCACUUGGCAGAACUUUAUUACAUAUGCAGUGGGCAUUUGUGGACAUCUGGCAACUUUAAUGUAUGUAACAUGAACUAUGGAACUUCUUAUUCUUUGAGGAGGUCUUGACGUGCCUUGUAUAUCACACAGGUGCUUUUGUCAAAUUCCCACUCCUCUUUUUUCUACAUUUUAUGUAGUAUUGUUUUUCUUCUGCAUAAAUAAGCUUUUUUCCCCUUUAAAAAAAACUUCAUUUCCUGCAGGGAGCUGCUGAACGCCCACCGGGACAACUUGGGCACGGUGGUCAAAUCAGUGGUCUUCAACGAGCUUUCGAAUGCCAGAAAUCCCAACAACAUGCAGAUUCUCUACACGGUUUUGCAGCACAGCCCAGAGCUCGCUCCAAAGGUAGGUGGCUGGUUAGCCAGGGCUAGGAAGUAGCCUGUGGGACAGAAUAGAUCCCUCUUGGCAACCCCACUUAACGCAGCAUCUCCUCCUUGCUCUCUUCCCAGUUCCUGGCGAUGGUCUUCCAAGAUCUGCUGACCAACAAAGACGACUACCUGCGCGCCUCGCGGGCCUUGCUGCGGGAAAUUAUCAAGCAGACGAAGCACGAGAUCAACUUCCAGGCUUUCUGCCUCGGUCUCAUGCAGGAACGGAAGGAGCCUCAGUACGCUGAGAUGGAGUUCAAGGUGAGAGGCCUGCUUGGUUUCCCCCACCAGUUGCUUCUGCGAAAGGCGCCUUAUAUGGUGUGUUCCUUCCGUGUUUUUGUUUUUCUUUGCUUUUGUAAUUUUUUUGUAAUUUUCAAUUACUAAAAUCCGCUAAAAACCACAUUUUGUCAAUAUCUAAUUACAAUUCAUAUGCCAAUAUAUACCAAUUAUAAAGCCAAUUAUACAUUUUGUGUGACUUCCUGUGUGCUGGAUUUCAAGGUGGAAUGUGGGGUUUUUUCCAUCCUGCUUCCGAAAUCUUAAUUAAUCCAACUACAUUCAGUCUUGUUCUUAAUCCCUUAUCCACAGUUACAGAUCUUUUGACUUCCAUUCGUAUUAUCAGAUUUAAUGAAUCUUAUUUCUGUAACAGAAGUUCUACGUCCUAUAAAUUUCCUGUGUGCGAUGUUUACCGUAUUUUUCGCUCUGUUAGAUGCACCGGAACAUAAGACGCACCUCCCGCAAAAGCCAGGGAUAGCCGCGCAAAGCUUCUACAGGGCAGCGGGAUGAAGGCUCCCCGGUGCCCUGCGGAGGCUUCGUGCCACUAAGGCAGAAGCUAGAACAGCAAGAGGGAGUGCUGCGCAGUGCUCCCUCUAGCUGUUCUGGCUUCUGGGGUAGCCCGCGAAGCUUCCGCAGGGCAGCAGGAUGAAGCCAAUGUGAAGCUGCGCAUGCCUCCUCCACACUGGAAGGAGCGCCGGAAAUAGCAUUUGCGCAUGCGUGCGUGAACGCGCACUCCGGCCCUCCGUGGCGUCUGCGGGACCGUGAACCAGCCCAAGCCACAAAAACUUUGCCGACCCCUGAUGUACACCGUUCCGUUCUGUUGUUGUAUUUUUGUAUCCCCCUCUCUCUGAGGAAGCAGAGAGGAACCAUGUUUUCCUUUGUCCUGAUUUGUAUAUAAUAGUAGUAGCUUAGUACAGUGGUGCCCCGCAAGACGAAUGCCUCGCAAGACGAAAAACUUGCUAGACGAAAGGGUUUUGCGUUUUUUGAGUCGUUCCGCAAGACGAAUUUCCCUAUGGGCUUGCUUCGCAAGACGAAACGUAUUGCGAGUUCUUGCGAGUUUGUUUCCUUUUUCUUAAAGCCGCUAAGCCGUUAAUAGCCGCUAAGCCGCUAAUAGCCGCUAAGCUGCUAAUAGCCGCUAAGCCGCUAAUAGCCGUGCUUCGCAAGACGAAGAGACUCGCGGAACGGAUUAAUUUCGUCUUGCGAGGCACCACUGUACUCACACCUCGAGUCUAGCUCUGCUGUUGUUGACUCUGCUAAGGUAGUGUGCGCUCACGUCCCAAGACAUGAGUCACGGAAGCACGUCGGGGAAGAAGACUGAUGGAUCUCCCGAGCGACACGCAGAAGGGAGAGACGGGCUGGCACAUAUGUCGUUUGCCUGGGGGCCUGUCCUGCCUCCCGGCUACCCCCACCCCCAUAUUCACCAUCCUCCCCUCUUACCCCCGGCAGGACCGCUUUGUCAUCCACAUCACAGACCUGCUGGCCGUCUCCAUGAUGCUCAGCAUUACUGCCCAGGUGAAGGAAGCCGGCCUCGCGUGGGACAAAGGAGAGAAGAAGAGUAAGUGGGUUGCAUCACCUGGCUCUAAAAACAGGGCGAGGAAGAGGGAGCUGGGUAGACAUGCAGGAUCUGUGGGCCUGCUCUGGAGACGCUGCCCAGAACCGAUGUGAAAAUAAAGCGCGUAAAUAAAUAAAAUUAUUAAUUCCGUCACAUGGCUGUCAUAAUAAAUCUGAGCUUUGUUGCCGUGCAUUGUCAGUCCCACAGCCUGUUUCGAGAGCGUUGCCCUCUUUUGUCAAUUAAAAAUGAAGUAUUUGCAUACCCAAAUUGCACAGACAGCAGCAGUGGUUUCGUUUGCAAGAGUUGGGGACCGUAUUUUCCAGCGCCAGUCCUGCAGCAAAGGAUCCCUCUCUUUUCCCGGGGAUCAUGUGAUCCUUACUAUCUCUUUUUCUUAAUCCGCAUCUGAAUGUUGUGAACAGGAUAACUCUUGCAGGCAAAAAAUUGAACUCCAGUUAAUUUUUUUAAUGUGGUUCUUUUUUGAGGGGGGUGUUACUGGCUUGUUGUUUUCAUUUUGAUUAUAUAUAUUGUGGUUUUACAUUUUGAUUUUGUUCUGUGAACCGCCCUGAGACAUCCGAGUAUAGGGUGGUACAUAAAUUCCAAUUAAUAAAUAUAAGUAAAAUGAAUUUUCUUACUGCCACCACCCACCCUUCAGAUCUGUCUGCCCAGACUUAAGAACAGGGCUUUUGUGUCGAGAGUCACAUUUUCCCCAUGGUAACCUGUUUGGAGCCACAUUUUGUUUGGGGGGCAGGACUGCAACCAGAGGUGGGCAGGAUCACACUGAAAAGAGUGGGGCCACCCUUUCUCUUUUCCUACUAUCCUGUUUCCUUUUUAUCUCUCUCUUUCUUGCACCCUUCUUCUCCCUCUAGCCAUCCCCCCACACUCUUGCAUCUCCCUCUCGCUUUCCUGCUUCAUCCCAGCCCAGGGAAGGACUUGACCUCUCUUGCCAAGAGGUCUGAUCACUUCUGGAAGGCUUUUGAAAUCAGGCCGAGAGGUGCAUGAAAUGAGGCCCCUUGGGCUGCAGAUCCACCCUGGCCUAGAACCUUGACCCACCUGUUUUAAGUAAGAUGGGCAAGAUGCUGACUUUUGCCCUUCGCCCUUUCCCCUUCCCCACCAUGGCUGUGUGCAAGAGGGCUUCCUGGCUCUGCCGUCCUGGGACCUGAUGACGUUCCUUCUGACCUCCUCUGCCUCUGUCCUUCUCCCCAGACUUGGAGGUCCUGCGUGCCUUCCAGAACCAGAUCGCAGCCAUCCAGAGGGACGCGGUUUGGUGGCUGCACACGGUGGUUCCCUCCAUCACCAAACUGGCUCCCAAAGAAUACGUUCACUGGUAAGAAGCUGAGCUGGAGAUGAUGGUGUUGAUGGUGCACCCGGCCUCUUGGGGGACCCCUCCUGGGUUCCCUCCGAGCACCCUCAUUCAGACCAGGAUUCGAUCUCGGAGCCAGAAGGCAGAGGGUGGGGAAUCAGAAUAAGAUGAAAUGGGGGGGGGGGGAAUGCAUGGAUCUUCUGACAAGGUAGGAGCUUGCUCCUUCCCUGCCCAAGAGAUCUUGUGGGAAGAAGAACGUGUCCAGAGGAGGGCAACCAAAAUGGUCAAAGGCCUGGAAACGAUGCCUUAUGAGGAACGGCUAAGGGAGCUGGGCAUGUUUAGCCUGGAGAAGAGGAGGUUAAGGGGUGAUAUGAUAGCCAUGUUCAAAUAUAUAAAAGGAUGUCACAUAGAGGAGGGAGAAAGGUUGUUUUCUGCUGCUCCAGAGAAGCGGACACGGAGCAAUGGAUCCAAACUACAAGAAAGAAGAUUCCACCUAAACAUUAGGAAGAACUUCCUGACAGUAAGAGCUGUUUGACAGUGGAAUUUGCUGCCAAGGAGUGUGGUGGAGUCUCCUUCUUUGGAGGUCUUUAAGCAGAGGCUUGACAACCAUAUGUCAGGAGUGCUCUGAUGGUGUUUCCUGCUUGGCAGGGGGUUGGACUCGAUGGCCCUUGUGGUCUCUUCCAACUCUAUGAUUCUAAGAUUCAGGACAGAUAAAGAUUCAGCACGUAGCAGUAGUAAUAAUAAUAAUAAUAAUAAUAAUAAUAAUAAAUUUUAUUUAUACCCUGCUCUCCCUGGCCAGAGCCGGGUCAGGGUGGCUAACACCAGUAAAAUUACAGUAAAAACAAAAUGGGGGGGGGGGACAAAUUUAAAAUACAGGUUAAAAUGCAAUUUAAAAUGCAGCCUCAUUUUAAAAGCAUCCCAUAGAUCAAAACCAUUGGGGAAGGGAAACAUAAGGGUCAGACUGAGUCCAAACCAACGGCCAGGCGGAACAGCUCUGUCUUGCAGGCCCUGCGGAAAUAUGUCAAGUCCCGCAGGGCCUUGGUCUCUUGUGACAGAGCGUUCCACCAAGUCGGGGCCAGUACUGAAAAGGCCCUGGCCCUAGUUGAAACCAACCUAAUCACCUUGCGACUUGGGACCUCCAAAGUGUUGUCAUUUGUGGACCUUAAGGUCCUCUGCAGGGCCAACCAGGAGAGGCGGUCCUGUAGGUACAAGGGUCCUAGGCCGCAUAGGGCUUUAAAGGUCAAAACCAGCACCUUAAACCUGACCCUGUGCUCCACCGGGAGCCAGUGCAGUUGGUAAAGCACUGGAUGAAUGUGAUCCCGCAGCAAGGACCCCGUAAGGAGCCUUGCCGCAGCAUUCUGCACCCACUGGAGUUUCUGGGUCAGCUUCAAGGACAGCCCCGCAUAGAGCAAGUUACAAUAAUCAAGCCUGGAGGUGACUGUCACAUGGAUCACUGUGGCCAGAUCAGGGCGAGAAAGGUAAGGGACCAACUGCUUAAUACGGCGGAGAUGGAAAUAUGCCACCUUUGCUGUGGCUGCAACCUGCGCCUCCAUGGAAAGGGAGGCAUCGAAGCUAUGGAAGGAGCUCCAAUCAGGAAGCAGUGACAGGUGCCAACUUGGAUGACUUUAAAAGAGGAUUAGGCAAUUUCACGGAGGAAAGAGCUACUGACGGCAGCAAUGCUUAGGAAUACCGGUUUCUGGAAACCAUAGGAGGGGAGAGUUGCUCUUGUGCUUGAGUCCUGCAUAUGGGUCUUCCCCAGUCAUCUGGUUGGCCAGUGUAAGAACAGCAUGCCUAGAUUAGGUGAGCCAUUGGCGUGACCCAGCGGGCUCCUCUUAGGCUCUUAUGACAGGGGGGCCCAGAGUAUGACCUGCUGUGACAGCUGGAAGAUACAGAGGGGAUGGGGAGCUGGGUCUGGGGCUGUCUCCCAGGGAGAGGCGGUAAAACAAGAAGAGAUUCAACCUCUCAGCCCCACCUACAGACCAUGAAUCCCCACAGGGACAGGGAAGCCGCUGGACAUUGAUUGAUGGAUUAUAUUUCUAUGCUGAUUUUCAUUCAAAUGAUGAGAUCCCUGCUUCAAGCAGUAAAUAACGACAUAACAGCAUUACAAAUACAGCAUAACUCUCAUGGAAUAAUUAGCAAGUCACCAGUAAAACAAUUACAAAUCAUCAGUGAAACAAUUUCAAUUAUAAGGCGCUAUUAACGAAACAACUACUACAAAAUAAACAAAGUAUCACAAUUAUAGCCAUGUUUUAGGACUACAGUAUUUGUAAUCUAGAAAGCAAUAUUACCGUUGGCACAACAGCAGCCAAAAUUAAACUAAGCACUGUUCAAUUCAUACACACACUUCCCACAUCCCCAUGACUGAUAAUCUUUCAAUCUGUUCAGCUCAUUAAAAUGCCCAGGCACAUACCGUACUUUUCCGUGUAUAAGACGCCCCCGUGUAUAAGAAACCCCCUAUUUGGGGGACUCAAAUAUAAGAAAAUGGGGGGAAAUGUCACAGAGUUGUUGUUGAGCUAUUUUUUUGCGGAGAAUUGACCUGAAUUGUUGAGCUUUUUUUGCGGAGGAUUGCCAAAAAUCACUCCCCCACACUCGUCGCUAAAUCCACCUCCUGCCUGUCCCAUCGCCGACAGAAGCUGCCAAUCAUCCGCGCCCGACUGCCAGAGUGUCAGCCAAUCAACGCCACCCAUUGACGCAGCAACCAAUAACACACACAAUAGCCACUGACAGCCUCAGCAGCAGCCAAUCAUGCAUCCACCCUAUGCACUACCCAUGUAUAAGACGACCCCCACUUUUUAGCAUGAUUUUUAAAGGGGGAAAAACAUAGCCUUAUACACGGAAAAGUACGGUAAUACCUGUGGCAGCGACUCCUUUCUGAAGGUUCCUAGGGCUGGAGGUGGGGCAGCACCGGGGAAACCAACCCCCACAUGAUGACAAAGUCCCUCACCCCUACAGUUCUUCCUCUGGAAACAGCUCCCUUAUGAAGAUUACCGGGGCUGGAGGGUGGGGCAAGGCAGGUGGAAAAAGCCAUUGCCUGGUGGACAGCACCAAACCUGUCACCCCUCCACUUGAAAGCUUGGUGGGCAGGCAGGGAAUCCCAUUGGAGCAACUUUGCUGCUCCCAUGCAGUCUUGGAGCAUUUCCUCCUGUUCUUGGGCUCCUGAACCUUGACCCUUUCUUCCUGGAUCAACUGAUUCUGACACAUUGCUUUCCCCUAUUUUCUAAGCCUCCACAAAGUGCUGUUCACAGAGCAGCCAGAGACCUACUACAAAUGGGACAACUGGCCUCCCGAGAGCGACCGCAAGUAAGUCGGGGGCUUGGCUUGGCUUUAUUUAUUUAUUUUUAAAACCCACAAAAGCCCAAGGGAAAAGGUGGUCACUCUUAUGCAGAAAGGUUAUUGGCUAGUGUCAGGGAACUGCCAUUGGCCAGAGGCGAGAGAUAGAAGGGCAGUUGUGUCACAGGGAACCUCCAAAAAUCUUGCAAAGCAGUUCCUCUUCCGGCAAGGAGGAAGGCCCCACCUCCAGUGGAGGGGAGGUGCAAGGACCAGAGGAUGCUAGUAAGAGCCUUAACACCGCGCCUGAGCCAGUUGGAGAGGAGGGAAGCACGCCUUUGCCAUUGCCCAUCAUGCGCAGUAGUCUGAGGCACAGGGAGGGGCGGAAAAGGCUGGGGGUGACGCGACUUUUAUGCUGGGGGAGGUACAAAAACAGACCACUCCCGGAUUCUGCUAGCGAUUGAGCCAGACAUGAACUUAUGACGCUUUUCACUGUAAAUAGUUUGCACCAAAAUAAAGCCUGUAAAAGACAGGUCGGAGUCCUUCCUGGUUACUCUCGAGCAACCGCAACAGCACCUGACAGCUAGGUUUGCUGAUCUGUUUGACUUUGCACCCUAUAUGGACUGACUCUUUGGAAGCCAGUAGCUCUUUCUCUCUCUCUCCCUCCCUUCCCUCCCACCAGCUUCUACCUCCGCCUCUGCUCUGAAGUACCGAUCCUCGAAGACACACUCAUGCGCAUCCUCGUGAUCGGCCUGUCGCGGGAUCUCCCCCUUGGCCCCGCCGAUGCCAUGGAGCUUGCAGACCAUCUGGUGAAACGGGCGGCAGCUGUGCAGGCAGACGGUAGGAUUCUGGCAGUGAAGCCCGGGUUUCGCACACCCACCGGUUUUAUUUUGCUUAUGCAUCUCAAGGUGCUGGAAUCAUAGAAUUGUAGAGUUGGAAGGGACCCGGAGGGUCAUUUAAGAUACGAUCAUCUUUAUUGUCAUUGUCAACGAAAUUGAAAAAUCUACAUCAGACAUUCAAAACCCAACAAGCCUGCUAUCCCAGCCUGGUUAGCCCCCUAAAAACUCUGAUACCCCAUUUUUAAACACAAUAUACAGUGGUGCCUCGCAAGACGAAAUUAAUCCGUUCCGCAAGAGUCUUCGUCUAGCGGUUUUUUCGUCUUGCGAAGCAAGCCCAUUGACGGAUUAGCGCUAUUAGCGCUAUCAGCUGUUUAGCGGCUAUUAAAGGCUUAAAGGCUUAGGGGAUUAGCUGCUAAAAGGCUAUUAAAGGCUAUUAAAGGCUUAGCAGAUUAGAUAAAGGGGGAAAGCGGAAAAAAAUCUCAAGACUCGCAAGACAUUUUCGUCUUGCGAAGCAAGCCCAUAGGGGAAUUCGUCCUGCGAAGCAACUUCAAAACGGAAAACCCUUUCGUCUAGCGGUUUUUCCGUCUUGCGAGGCAUUCGUCUUGCGGGGCACCACUGUACUCACAUAGAGACUACCUUACACAGCGUUUAAAACCAAAAUCGCAUUUGGAUAGAAACUGUUUCUCAGGCGGCUAGUCCUAGUCUUUAUAACCCUGUACCUUCUUCCAGAAGGCAGAAGCUGAAAGAGAUCAUUUCCAGGGUGCGCACUAUCCUGCACUAUCUCUGCAGCUUUCUUAUAGCACCUGGAAGUGCAGAUUUGAUCCAAGGUGGGAAGAGUGUUCUCUCCGCAGUCUUUAUAACUCUGGACAGCAUUGUUUUUUCCCUGACUGUGCAGCUCCCAAACCACACAUACAGACUAGUUCUAGUCUAGUUCUAGGUAGGAACUCAACAAAAGCGUCCACUGUUGUUGGACUCCAGUUUGCAUCAGACCCAGCCAGGGGUGGAGGAAGGGGGGUGCGGUGGGUGCGGGCUGGCCACCCCAGGUUUCACCACUGGGGGGAGGUGACCAAAUGCCGGGCAGCACUCACCGUGGGGCCUGCAUCACACCUCUCCUGGGAGAGAUGUGGUGGCUUGGCAUCUGCAGGUUCCACACUGCCCAAACGGUCCGCCUGCUGCCUGCCCCCCAGCUGUAGGGCAGCUGAGUGGGAGGAGGCAGGCGGACUCCGGAAGCCCCGCCGUGUGGCUCGCUCCACCCCUGGGCACACCGCCCCAAGCGCCCACUGGACCCAGCCAGCGCGGCCGUUGGCGAAGGACGAUGGGGGGAAAUGAUAAGCAAGGCCGCAGUUUCCACCUUUCUACUAUAAACGAUGUGAGGACUCCAGCUGAAAAGCAGGAUGAACACCUGCCAAAUCAAUCAAUCCUGUCUCUUAAAAAAAAACAACAAGUUGCCCUUUUGUGUGUGUGUGUAAAGUGAAACCUAAGGGGCUAGCCCUCAUGGCAGCAAAGAAGAUACAGUCAUACCUCUUGUUACGUUUGCUUCAGGUUAAAUCUUUUCAGGUUGUGUCCUGUGGCGACCCAAAAGUACCGGAAAGGGUUACUUCCGGGUUUCGCCGCUCGGGCAUGCGCAGAUGCUCAAAAUGACAUCACGUGCAUGCACAGAAGCGGCGAGUCGCAACCUGCACAAACGCGCAGACAUGGGUUGCGUCCUGCUCAUGUUGCGAAUGGGGCUCCAGAAUGGAUCGUGUUCUCAACCAGAGGUACCACUGUACAAAUAUGAUUAGAGCAGUGUUUGCUCACAGCCUUUGAGGCUAAAUGGAGUCUAGGUGAGAUUUCCAAUCGAGGCAGAAGGACUUUUUCACUUAUAAACUUCCCUGUGUCUCCCCAAUGUAUUUGUCUCCAUUUUCCCACUCUUACUCAUUUAUUUUUCUGUCCUGCUUUCUUUCUGCAAAGCUCCAUGGGGCAGCAUUCAUGGGCAUCAUCCUAUCUGGGCAACGGAUCAGACCCAGGCCAGCUUAGCUCUGCUUUCUGUUACUCCUGUAUAACCCAAUUUCCUUAUCCCCUUCAUUGAAUCUGCACCGUUUUCCUUUAGGACUCAGCUAGUUUUGAGUCUGCAGUCUUAAGAAAUUGAAUUGCAUCAACACACAGCUCAUGACAUACUUCUGCUUCCUUUAGAUCUUGAAGUCUUGAGAGUGGAGAGGAUCCAACUGAUCGAUGCCGUCUUGAACCUGUGCACUUACCACCACCCAGAGAACAUCCAGCUGCCCCCUGGGUAACAUUUGCAUGCAUGCAACUCUUGGGCUAGAGAGAGUAACUUAAUUUGAUUGUGAGCAGAAAACAUAAGGAAGGGGUGGGAAGCCAAUAAUAGUGACCGGCUAUGUCUAGAGCAUCUUUGGGCAAUGGAAACAUUUUAUUAAGAAAAUUAAACUACAGCAAUGCAAUAUGAUUGUUUCUGUUUGCUUUGAAGGUACCAGCCUCCAAAUCUGGCCAUCUCUACUCUCUACUGGAAAGCUUGGCCUCUUUUGCUCGUUGUUGCCGCAUUCAACCCCGAAAACAUUGGUGAGUGUAAUGAGGACAAAAAGAAGAGCCUGCUGGAUCGGGCCCAGGGCUCAUCUGGUCCAGCAACCCUAUAUCCCCUUACCAAACUACAGUGCUCUGAAUGGCAGAAAGUCAUUCCCUUUCCCUAGGAAACUCAAGGAAUUGUAGCUCUGCGAAGGGGAUAGUGGGAAAACUCUCAGCAUCCUUAACAAACUACAACUCCCAUAAUUCUUUGCUGGGGAAGCCAUGGCCGUUUAAUUAUAUACAGUGCUACCUCGGGUUACAGAGGCUUCAAGUUACAGACGCUUCAGGUUACAGACUCCGCUAACCCAGAAAUAGUACCUCGGGGUAAGAACUUUGCUUCAGGGUGAGAACAGAAAUCGUGCAGCAGCGGCGCGGCAGCAGCGGGAGGCCCCAUUAGCUAAAGUGAUGCUUCAGGUUAAGAACAGUUUCAAGUUAAGCACGGAGCUCCAGAACGAAUUAAGUUCUUAACCCACGGUACCACUGUGUGUGUGUGUGUGUGUGUGUGUGUGUGUGUAUAUAUAUAUAUGUGUGUGUGUGUGUGUGUGUGUGUGUGUAUUAGCUGAGAGUGAUGGGAAUUGUAUUCCAACAGCUUCUAGAAGGCAUCAGUUCAAGGAAGGAACUGACAGACAAAAAUAACACGUGAUCUACUGGGGAGAGGUGUGUCAUUGGGCAGAGUAUUGCAGAGAGCUGUGUUCAAACCUCUGGCUGUUCUGCAUGGUGCCAUCUCAAUUCUCUCUCUCUCUCUCCCCCCCCCCCCCCCGCUUGUGUCUUAGGUCUCGCUGCCUGGGACGAGUACCCCACGCUAAAGAUGCUCAUGGAAAUGGCCAUGACAAAGUAAGUAUGCUAAUCCUGCCUAUUUUGGGGAGCUGAAGCUUAGUCUGUACAUAGGGCAGAUUCCCAAGUGGGCCAAACAAAUUGUACAAUUUCUGGCUGCAGGUGGAUGCUGUGUUAACAUUAAAAGAGUGGGGGAACCAGCUGAAGGCUGAAGAUUAGCACAGGAGGUGUCCUCCUGUUCUGACCACAGAUGGAAACUCAAAAUGGGAAGGCAGGGCAAGAGUUUCUGAUAGCUCUGAGUGAGCAGCUUUUACCCUCGAAAGAGGCACUCUUUACGCUGCUCUGUGCUCCUGCGGUUGGUUUUCUGUCCUCUUAACACCAGGGCCUUUUGGGUGGUGGUGCCUGCCCUCUGGAAUGUGAUUCCAGGGAACAUUUUUGAUCUUCUCCUGUGGUCUUAUAUUCCCCCUCUCAGCAAUUACUCCUACCCUCCUUGCACGCUGACGGACGAAGAGACCCGCACGGAAAUGAUCAGCCGCGAACUUCAGAUCUCGCAGCGGGAGAAGCAAGAAAUCCUCGCUUUCGAGGGCCACCUGGCGGCGGCGUCAACCAAGCAGACCAUCACAGAGAGCAGCAGCCUCCUGCUGUCUCAGCUCACCAGCCUGGAUCCCCAGUAAGCAGCCUCUGUUGCCCCAGGGCAGCCUUCCCCAACCCGGCGCCCUCCGUACGAUUCAAACUGUGCCGGUUGGGGUUGAUGCGAAUUGUAUUCCAAAGGGGAAUGUGACACAAGUUCAGAUCUUUCAAAGUGGGGGGAGAUCAUGGGAUUGAAAUAUUUUAUUGUCACUUGUACAACUUGUAUACAGUGAGAUUACACGAGCACCCCCCACUCAGCUCUCUUAGUCUUAAUUCCCCUCGUUUACUGACGCACACCCACCCAAACCAAAAGUCAGUUGCCCCGUUGUUAUCUUUUCAUUCAGCAGCCUAGCAGCCCACGGAUAGAAGCUGUUCUUUACCCUGUCGGUGCGACUAUUCAUGCUUCUAUAUCUUCUGCCCGAGGGCAGGAGAUCAAGAAAGUGCCGGCCAGGGUGUGAAUCAUCCCUGAGGAUUUUCCUCACUCUCCUGAGGCAACUUUCUUCCGCUAUUUCAUCCAGCAGAUUCACGGGACAGCCCAUAAUAUUUUGUGCUGUAUUCACCACCCUCUGUAGGCACUUCCUAUCAGUUGAUGUCAAACCAGCGUACCACACCGCAAUGCAGUAUGAAAGGACACUUUCUAUUGUUGACCGGUGGAAGGAGAUCAUCAAAUGUUAUAAUAUGGUGCAGGGAUGUACCAUAAAUGAAGGUGUGGGUGGUGGUGGGGAUUCAGGAGCCCUCCCUGUGGAACGCCCUCCCAUCAGAUGUCAAGGAGAUAAAGAAGUACACUCCUCUUGGAAGACCUCUGAAAGCAGCCUUGUAUGGGGAAGUUUUUCAUGUUUGGUGAUUUAUUAUCUUUUUAUAUGUGUUGGAAGCAGCUGCUCUGAGUGGCCAGGGCAACCGAGCCAGAUGGGCGGAGUAUAAAUAAUAAAAUUGUCAUAAUAAUUAUGAAAACAUUGAAACAAAUAAAAUUAUACAGUAUAGUACAUAAAACAUUAUACGCCUUGGGUGUAGGCUACCAUAUCUCUCUAUACAAAGCUGCCCGGGUGCUAAGAUUCUUGAGUAAGCACCUUCUCCUGGUCUCAUCAGCAUCAGAGGCACGGUUGUCGAUAUGACAUGAGAGAGAGAGAGCCUUUUCUUCUGAUCCCAAAUUGUGGGAUUCCCUCCCCAGAGAGGUUCGUCUGGCUCCCUCCUUGUCAUGCUUCUGCUGGCAGGCUAAACCUUCCUGUUCAGACCAGCCUUUGGAAACAAAGGUACUGUCGAUGCUGAACCCUGGGCUGCUGGCAGGGUUUUAAAUUGCUUUUUAAGAUGUUUCAACUCCUGAUUUUAAGUAAUUUCUGUUCUGUGCAUUUUAUAAUGCUGUUAGCCGCCUUGGAUCCCAGCUUCUGAAGGAAGGUGGGAUAUGAAUACAUCAAAUAAGUGGGAAAUGUAGAGAGUGACAGAGUCCCCUCAGGGCAGCUGGCAGCCAACACUAAUACAGUGGGAUCCGUUCUGGAGGCCCGUUCGCAACAUGAGCAAAAUGCAACCCGCGUCUGCGCGUGCGCAGGUCACAAUUUGCCACUUCUGCGCAUGCAUGUGACGUCAUUUUGCACGUCUGUGCAUGUGCGAGCGGCAAAGAGUAGCGGAACCCGGAAGUAACCCUUUCCGGUACUUCUGGGUCGCCGCGGGAUGCAGCCUGAAAACAUUCAACCUGAAGCAAACGUAACAUGAGGUUGUUGUUGUUUAGUUGUGUCUGACUCUUCGUGACCCCCUGGACCAGAGCAUGCCAGGCACUUCUGUCUUCCACUGCCUCCCGCAGUUUGGUCAAACUCAUGCUUGUAGCUUCGAGAACACCGUCCAACCAUCUCGUCCUCUGUCGUCCCCUUCUCCUUGGGCCCCCCAUCUUUCCCAGCAUGAGGUUCUUUUCCAGGGAGUCUUCUCUUCUCAUGAGGUGGCCAAAGUAUUGGAGCCUCAGCUUCAGGAUCUGUCCUUCCAGUGAGCACUCAGGGCUGAUUUCCUUCAGAAUGGAGAGGUUGGAUCUUCUUGCAGUCCAUGGGACUCUCAAGAGUCUCCUCCUUUACCGUAAUUCAAAAGCAUCAAUUCUUUGGCGAUCAGCCUUCUUUAUGGUCCAGCUCUCACUUCCAUGCAUCACUACUGGGAAAACCAUAGCUUUAACUAUAUGGACCUUUGUUGGCAAGGUGAUGUCUCUGCUUUUUAAGAUGCUGUCUAGGUUUGUCAUUGCUUUUCUCCCAAGGAGCAGGCGUCUUUUAAUUUCGUGGCUGCUGUCACCAUCUGCAGUGAUCAUGGAGCCCAAGAAAGUAAAAUCUCUCACUGCUCCAUUUCUUCCCCCUCUAUUUGCCAGGAGGUGAUGGUACCAGUGGCCAUGAUCUUAAGUUUUUUUGAUGUUGAGCUUCAGACCAUAUUUUGUGCUCUCCUCUUUCACCCUCAUUAAAAGGUUCUUUAAUUCCUCCUCACUUUCUGCCAUCAAGGUUGUGUCAUCUGCAUAUCUGAGCUUGUUGAUAUUUCUUCCGGCAAUCUUAAUUUUGGCUUGGGAUUCAUCCAGGCUAGUGACUGUACUAAUAAUUUUUUUCUUUGUGCCCUGCCCGUCUGACAGCUUUGCCCUAGCCGCUCUGGCCUGUGUGCUGUCCUUUGCCUGCGCUGUCUUGCUUCUGCCUUCCCUCAAGGCAGACAGGUCUUUAGCAGCCUCCAGGGAAGCAGUGGAGAGGUGGGGAGUGUUGGGAGAAAAGCCAAGAGACCCUCUUGUGUUCCCUUCUCAGGGGUCCCCCUCGCCGGCCACCUCAGCCUGUCCUGGACCAGGUGAAAAGCUUCAACCAGUCUCUCCGCUUGGGACACCUCCUCUGCCGCAGCAGACACCCCGACUUCCUGCUCAACAUCAUCCAGAGGCAGGUGGGUCACCCCCAGGGCUGGGAAGUGCCAUGCUGGGGGGGAAUUGAAGGCAGGGGAAUUGAAGGCAGCAGAGGGCUGCCGCUUGGUUUCAUCAUUCUGAAUGCUAUCCAUCAGGAAACGGGGAGCCUUUGGGGCGCACCAAAUGGUUCGACUCAACGUCUGGAUGCGCUGAGAAUGUUGGAGCAAGGAUUGUUCAAUCGGAGCAAGACUGAAAGGGUUGGGAGGAGAUGGAAGGGUGAGGCUGGAAAUGGGGCGGCUUUUGUAGAGCGUUGGGGACGGCACACGGUUGCCUCUGCUUGGUGGUGGCCCACUGUUUGCAGAAUUCCUCCACCACCCCAGUUAUUUGGUCGAUCCCAACAGUUCCGGCUUUCCAGCAAGCUUCAAAGACCCACUCAUUCAUUUCAUAAAAUGUACACACUGCAGGAUUAUUUAAAAAAUAAAUAAAUCUCAAAGCAAUUUACACAGAGAAGAAAACGAUAAAAUUCUCAGUGAAAACUUAAAAGCAAUUAAAACAUUUGAAAAAUUAAGACCACGUAAACUAAAAACAGAUUUAAAGGCAUGUGAACAUUCUCUGUAUCUGGGUAGGCUUGCCUAAGCAAGAAAUGUUUUCUUCAAGCGCCAUAAAGAGUGCUGCCUGUUAUCAGUAGUUCCAAAGUGUAAUAGCCUCCUCACUCAAAAGAUGGAUUUCUUAGAGAUGUGGAGUGGGUUUUGUGUGGCACCAGUAGCAGUGCCCGUUCUGCAGACUGAAGCAGCCGAGUGGGCUUAUUUUUUAUUUACUUUAUUUAUUGGAUUUUUCUACUGCCCUAUACCCGGAGGUCUCAGGGCUUUGGUGGGCUGAGGCGGUCCCACAGGUAAACCUCACCCUCUUCUUCCUUAGGCUUCUUCGCAAUCGAUGCCAUGGCUGGCAGACCUGGUUCAGUCCAGCGAGGGCUCCUUGGAUGUUCUCCCGGUGCAGUGCCUUUGUGAGUUCCUUCUGCACGAUGCCGCUGACGAAUCCGCCUCUGGCGAGGAGGAAGAGGAAGGAGAAAGCAAAGAGCAGCGUGCUAAGAAACGAGAGGUAGGUGCUCUCUAUUUGCAUCGGCCACUAGCCAUAGCAAUAAAACAAAAUGAAAUUUACCGAAGACAGAGGUGAAAACCUAACUACACAAAAUGCAUUCUGGAGGUUUAAAUUAAUAAUCAAACAACAGAGCUUAUUCUGAUUGCGCUAGCUAAAAAAUUGCAGUUUUUGCUGUCACCUGAUUAUCUUGAUCUGCCAAGAGAAAGGACACAGCAGUGGUUAAAGGUAAAGGGACUCCUGACCAUUAGGUCCAGUCGUGACCGACUCUGGGGUUGCAGCGCUCAUCUCGCUUUAUUGGCUGAGGGAGCCGGCGUACAGCUUCCGGGUCAUGUGGCCAGCAUGACUAAGCCGCUUCUGGCGAACCAGAGCAGCACAAGGAAACGCUGUUUACCUUCCCGCUGGAGUGAUACCUAUUUAUCUACUUGCACUUUGACGUGCUUUUGAACUGCUAGGUUGGCCGGAGCUGGGACUGAGCAACGGGAGCUCACCCCGUCACGGGGAUUCGAACCACCGACCUUCUGAUCGGCAAGUCCUAGGCUAUGUGGUUUAACCCACAGCGCCACCCACGUCCCAUAGCAAUGGUUGAGUGACCUUUUAUGGAUAGUAGUAGAGAGGUAAGAAGCUCAGUCCUUGAAUCUUUAUGCGAGGUGGAAGCACAUGAGCUACUGAUUCAGUACUGCCAUCUCCACAUAGACACAACCAUAUUUCCAGUGGGAAAUCGACCCUCAAGUGAGGGAACUGCCAAAAUGCCCUUGGAGCUGGAUCUUAGGCUGAAUGAUGGGGGUGGAGACGCUCCUUGAGGUCUACAGGGCCGAGGCCACGUAGAGCUUUAAAGGUCAGCACCAACACUUUGAAUUGCGCUCAGAAACGUACUGGGAGCCAGUGCAGAUCUUUUAGGACCCAUGUUACGCAGUCCUGGUGGCUGCACCCAGUCACCAGUCUGGCAGCCGCAUUCUGGACUAGUUGUACUUUCAGAGUCACCUUCAAAGCUAGCCCCACGUAGAACGCAUGGCAGUAGUCCAAGCGGGAGAUAACCAGAGCAUGCACAACUCUGGAAAGACAGUCUACGGGCAGGUAGGGUCUCAGCUAGUGUACUGGAUAGCAUUGGUAGACAGCCACCAUUUGUUAAGGUUGCUGAGGGUUGUUAAGAGAGCGCAAUGUUCCUCUCAGAGCUACUAUUUCCCCAGAGUUCCCUGUGAAACAGAAUUGAUCGCUCAACCACUCUGGGGAUGGUUGCCCUGUCAGGGGUUCAGGAGAUCUCCUAAACACCCUCAGCACCCUUAGCAAUCUGCAACCCCCAUAAUUCUCUGGGGGAAGCCAGAGACCACAUAACACCGGUCUUGAAAGACCUACACUGGCUCCCAGUACGUUUCCGAGCACAAUUCAAAGUGUUGGUGCUGACCUUUAAAGCCCUAAACGGCCUUGGCCCAGUAUACCUGAAGUAGCGUCUCCACCCCCAUUGUUAUGCCCGGACACUGAGGUCCAGUGCUGAGGGCCUUCUGGUGGUUCCCUCACUGCGAGAAGCCAAGAUACAGGGAACCAGGCAGAGGGCCUUCUCGGUGGUGGUACCUGCCCUGUGGAAUGCCCUCCCACCAGAUGUCAAAGAGAAAAACAACUACCAGACUUGUAGAAGACAUCAGAAGGCAGCCCUGUUUAGGGAAGCUUUUAAUGUUUAAUAGAUUUUUGUAUUUUAAUAUUCUGUUGGAAGCCGCCCAGAGUGGCUGGGGAAACCCAACCAGCUGGGCGGGGUAUAAAUAAUAAAUUAUUAUUAUUAUUAUUAUUAUUACUACUACUACUACUACUGUUUAAACGGCGUCAGAGCUCUUCAGAUGCACGAUGUGGAUGCGGCCUGAGCGGUUCUUUGAACCCCAGCCUCCUUUGCCCUGGCCUUCCCACGGUAGCUGCUACCCCACAUCAGCUCUCAGCGGUUCAGUAGCUGGGGAACUGCUGGGAAGAAACAGUGACCUCUUUCUCCACAGAGGCAGCAGAAGCAGAGGCAGCUGCUUGGACGCCUCCAGGACCUGCUGCUGGGACCCAAGGCUGACGAGCAGACCACGUGCGAAGUCCUCGACUAUUUCCUGAGGCGCCUCAGCUCCUCCCAGGUGGCCUCGCGGGUGCUGGCCAUGAAGGUAAGGAAGAUGGCGAGGACGGUGUCGCCGGGCCUCUCUUGAGCCUCUUGACGACGGGACCACUUCACAGGAAGAUGAUUCUUCAGCUUAUUCCACUGGUAUCUUGGCCAUCUGUUGCCCUGUGUACCCAUUCAGAUGUGGGUUUCAAAUAAAAGGAUAAGAUUCAAAUGGCAGUAAGCACAACGAGUGCAGCAAAACAUGGCGAUAUAUCCAUAAAUCCUAAGAUGAUUGAGAGUUAAGCAGGGUCUUCAGCCAACUCUCCAUUCCAGUUAUUAUUAUUAUUAUUAUUAUUAUUAUUAUUAUUAUUAUUUUCUAGCUGACAUUCCGAGGCUACUGAGCAAACGCAGCCCUCACUAGACUGUUUAGGGUUUGGGGGGUGUUUUACUCCCUUCGUUGGCUUCUUUGAAAGAUAGUUUUGCCACCGAGCCAUAUGAGGAGUGGUUGAGGGAAUUGGGUAUGUUUAGCCUGGGGAAAGGGGAUGCUGAGAGGAGACAGCAUAGCCAUCUUCAAAUACCUCAAGGACUGUCAUAUGGAAGAGGGAACAAGCUUGUUUUCUCCUGCACUGGAGGGGAGACCCGAACCAAUGGCUUCAACUUACAAGAAAGGAGAUUCUGACUCAACAUCAGGAAUAACUUUCUGACAGUAAGAGCUGUUCGACAGUGGAGCGGUCUUGCUCGGGAGGUUGCGGACUCUCCUUCCUCGUAGGUUUUUUAAGUAGAGGUUGUACAGCCAUCUGUCUGUUAAAAUUCCUGCUCCAUGAUUGCAGUCAUGGAAUUGUUGUCUUUCACAUGACGGAAUAUGUUUUGACUCCACAGAGUGGGAAGUGACGGGGGUAGGAUGUUUGUGUUACUGUGUUUGGUGAAGUGGGACUGUUGUCCUUUGUUUUUUCUCUUUACCGUCUGAUGCUAGAGAGAGAGGGAGCCAUGUUGCAGUGCUCCAUGUGUGUUUAUAUGUAAAUAAUGCUGAUAUGUAAAUAAUGCCAAAAUGCUGAGUUGCUGAGGUCUGUCACGCAAGCUGCAAAGACUCUACGGAUCCCUAAGUGUGUCGGUGUCGGUUGGCAUCGGUUGCUGUGAUGUUUGGGCAGAAGAAAGCUUUUGAAGCUCCCGAACGAUUAAUCAGGAGGGAGGGAACAUGCCAUUUGGGUCCUACUCGAGUGUAGGGCUGAGCUCCUGACACUGUCAUGGAUGCUUUAGUUGAGAUUUCUGCAUUGCAGGGGGUUGGACUGGAUGACCCUCGAGGUCCCUUCUAACUCUGCAAUUCUUAGUGGUCUCUGUAUUGUAUCAAUCUGCCUCUGUCCUCCUUCCUGCAGGGCCUGUCUUUGGUGCUUUCAGAAGGAGGACUCCGUGACAGAGAGGAGAAGGACCACCCUAUGGAGGAAGACUCUGGGGACUCAGAGCUCCUGCCGGGCUACCAGUGGCUCCUACGUGACUUGCCCAAACUGCCCUUGUUUGACAGCGUUAGGGCCGCCACUGCGGUUGCUUUGCAGCAGGUAAGAUCUCCCGCUCGGGGUGACACGGAAGAUGGCUAUGUCUCAGGACUCGGUUGCUAAUCCGACUUGUUUCUCGGUUUAGUUCAAAGUGCUAGCCUUCACCUUGUAAGGAACUGAUGGCGAGCUGGUCUUUGACCGUAAUAAUUAUCUAUCUAUCUAAGAACUGAUGGGUUUGACACCAGGGCAUCUUGUGACCCGCCCUCUGAUGAGCCCCAGUCCACAUGCUACAUAGCUAGAAAAGCAGUGCUGGGCCCUGUUCCCCCCUCCCCAUAAAUUUUACUGAAACUAAUCUAAAUAAAAAUGAAGAAAGAAAGAAAGAAAAAAUGCAAAGCCCUCUCUCAAAGGUAGAUUUGAAUCCUUAAUUCCUUUUUAAAGAAUUUUAUUUUUAUUUUUAUUAUUUUAGUUUUAUUAGUUUUUCAAUUACAGUCCCAUAAUAGCCUCAUUAUAACAAUACCAAUUUAUAAUACAAUUAUUAAUACCAAUUGUUCAAAUACUGAAUUAUAUAAUUUAGAUAAGGUGGCAUGCUAAAUUUGAUGGUUUGAUUAUUUCCUUUAUUUCUGCAUUCCAAAACCUUAUUAAUUUCAAUUACAUUCGGGUCAUAAUCACAAUCCCUCAUACAACAACUGCAAUAUUAAUCACUUCUAUUUGUGUCGACCCAUUAAAUGAUUUAUAAAACUACAAGUGAGGAACUCAUAACUAGAUCCUUGUUCUUCCUGUGUGUGUUUGUUAUUCUGUCCAUGGUGUUUCUUCCUGUCUUUGAAAGAUGUUAUGUCUUUCUUUCCCCCAGUUGUUGCUAUUAUCCCUCAUGUCUUGGAUGGAGCUAUCUUAAUCCUUAUUUCACCCAGAAGGGGCUGGACACGCCCCCCAGCUCUCACCUGGGAGCUUCCAGUUUAUCCUCCUAGUCUCCCACCCUGGAAGUUCUUCCCUUCCCUGCCUCUUACACAGGUUCCUCAUUGACCCAGAGUAGAGGACACACACACAAACACAAACCAGAAGCAAAAGAAAGAAAAAAGAAACACAGCCCAACAAGACAAUAACAAUAAUCCACCAACAGCAUACAAAUCAAUAUGGCUAACCAGAUCCAAAACACCCACCCACCCCACUCACACACGAAAACAAAGACCACCACAGCCAACCACAAAUGAACAUCCACACCCAUGGCCAACCCCAACCUCUCUCACCACCAAAGAAACACAAAUGAACAGCGCGAGCAACGCUGACACCAAACCCUACAUAUAUAAGCAAAAUAGAAACAUCGCCACCCGACCCCCCCAUCCCUUCCCCGCCCCAAUGUCUCAACAAAUGAAACUGAUUUGUAAAAAUGUUACAUGGAAAAAAUACAAGAGACAUUACACAUACUUCUGUAAAACAAUAAAAUCUUUAAUAAAAAAAAUGAAAAAAGAAAGGAAAGAGAGAGAAUUAAAAUAAAAAGGGUUUCCAAUUUUCCGUUAGUUAGUGUUGAGGCUGAGUAACACAAUUCUUUCUGCCAUUUCCAGGCCAUCCACAUGGAGACGGAUCCUCAGACGAUCAGUGCUUACUUGGUUUACCUUUCCCAGCAUGCUCCAGUGGAGGAACAGGGACAGCACAACGACCUCGCGCUGGUGAGAGAGAGGCCUUCCGUUUUAAGGGCCAAACACACGGAUCUGUGGUGGUUCCCUCUUAACUUUCUCCUCGGCCAUGUGUUCUUCAUAGCGGGUUCUUUGGGGACAUUUCUGGACUUCAGCUCCCAUCACCCCUCACCACUGGCCACACUGGGAGGGCUGAUGGGAUCUGGAGUUCAAACACAUCUGGAGGGCCACAGAUGCGCCUCUUCUAAGUACAGUCUUACCUUGGUUGUCAAACGCCUUGCAGCUCUAAUGUUUUGGCUCCCGUACGCUGCAAAUCCAGAUGUGAAUGUUCUGGUUUGGAACGUUCUUUGGAACCCGAACAUCCGCUGCUGCUUCCAAUUGAGUGCAGGUAGCUCCUGCAGCCAAUCGGAAGCCGCGCCUUGGUUUCCGAACGUUUUUGGGAGUUGAACGGACUUCCAGGACGGAUUAAGUUCGAGAACCAAGGUUCCACUGCAAUGGGCUUCUGAAAACCAGCUGCUGGAAGCUGCAGAAGGGUGGGAGAGCUCCUGUGCUUGGGUUUUGCUUGCAGGUUUCCCGCGGUUGUCUGGUUGGCCACUGUAAGAACAGGACGUUGGACUAGGUGUGUUCUGUUAAUGCCUGCUUGUUAUUAAGUGAUAAACUGUGGACCUCUUUGGAUAACUGGGUUAUUUGAGAGGCAAUACCUGUAAUUUGGAGGGACGCAGGUGGCGCUGUGGGUUAAACCACAGAGCCUAGGGCUCGCCGAUCAGAAGGUCGGCGGUUCGAAUCCCCGCAACAGGGUGAGCUCCCUUUGCUUGGUCCCUGCUCCUGCCAACCUAGCAGUUCGAAAGCACGUCAAAGUGCAAUAGAUAAAUAGGUACUGCUCUGGCGGGAAGGUAAACGGUGUUUCAGUGCGCUACUCUGGUUCGCCAGAAGCGGCUUAGUCAUGCUGGCCACAUGACCUGGAAGCUGUACGCCGGCUCCCUCGGCCAAUAAAGCGAGAUGAGCGUGCAACCUCAGAGUCGUCUGUGACUGGACCGAAUGGUCAGGGGUCCCUAUACCUUUACCUUUUACCUCUAGUUUGUUGAAAGAUAUACUCAACCGUUCUUGCAAUUAGAGUUAAUUGGGUGCUCUCCCUGCUUGCUAUUCCUUCCUCUCUUAGUGGCACAGGAUCAACUUGCCCCAUUGCUGGAUCCAGUUCCACGCUCUCACCUUGAAUACUCUCCCCACACUCACAAUAAUCUUCAAGGGGAGAAAACUGUUUUUUUGUUGGAACCAUAAAAGCAGAUUUGUUUUUAAAAAGUCACCUAUUUUAGAUUGUUUGGGAACCAGUGAGAGAGCUACAUCCUCUGGGUCCCUGUAGCGUUUACUAGCAGGCAUAGCGUCACCGUGGGGAGUAAACAAGGAGAGGUUUCCCCAACCGAAGAGGAGAGAAAAAAUAGAAAGUGCUCCGUUUGUUCAAUUUAAGAGCUUCUCUGUGUCGUUACUGCCAGGAGUUCCAGGAACAAAGUAUAGAAGGGAGCUGGCGGUUAAUAGCUAGCAGCUGGUGGCCUGCCCAGGAUGCUUCACAGAACUUGCCCAAGAUAUUUCUCAUAGCAUAGACAAGAAGGUGCUGAUAGAAUCUCAGUAGGUUGGUAAGUUUAAAAGUAGAGAAGUAAAAAAAGGAAAAUUAGCAAUCAACGCUAAUUACAGUCCUGUUAUCUGCGGAGCUCUUAAGCCUGCUUGCUAAGCCGUCGCCAUCUUGGAACUCCCCCUGUUGGACUAGUUGGGCCUUUGGCCUGAUCUCACAACCUCUCGUUAAUAAUAAUAAUAAAAUUUUAUUUAUAUCCCGCCCUCCCCAGCCAAAGCUGGGCUCAGAGCGGCUAACAACAGUAAAAUAAUACAACAUUCUAAAAUCAGUUCAUUAUAAAAUCAGUUCAAAUCAGAUUAAUGGCAACCAUUCGGCUAGAAUUCUGUGAGGAUUGCCAAAGGAGGGGGUCAGGCUGUGCCCUGGCCAAAGGCCUGGUGGAACAGCUCUGUCUUGCAGGCCCUGCGGAAAGAUGUCAAGUCCCGCAGGGCCCUAGUCUCUUGUGACAGAGCGUUCCACCAGAUCGGAGCCACAGCCAAAAAAGCCCUGGCUCUGGUUGAGGCCAGCCUAACCUCUCUGUGGCCCAGGAUCUCCAAGAUGUUUUUGUUUGAAGACCGUAAGGUCCUCCAUGGGGCAUACCAGGAGAGGCGGUCCCGUAGGUACGAGGGUCCUAGGCUGUAUAGGGCUUUAAAGGUUAAAGGUAAAAGGUAAAGGUACCCCUGCCCGUACGGGCCAGUCUUGCCAGACUCUAGGGUUGUGCGUUCAUCUCACUCUAGAGGCCGGGAGCCAGCGCUGUCCGCAGACACUUCCGGGUCACGUGGCCAGCGUGACAAGCUGCAUCUGGCGAGCCAGCCAGAUUAAAGGUUAAUUAAGAUUAAAGGUUAAAACCAGCACCUUAAACCUGAUCCUGUACUACACCGGGAGACAGUGCAGCUCUCAUGCCUUGUUUGCCCUUGACUUUCUCAGGACGUGGCCAGGCUGAUUGUGGAACGGUCCACCAUCAUGACCCACCUCUUCUCGAAGCUCUCCUACAGCUCAGAGUCCGACGCCGUGCUGGUGGCCCUGCUCUCCGUCUUCUCCCGCUACAUCAAGCGCAUGCGCCAGAGCAAAGAGGGCGAGGAGGUCUACAGCUGGGUGAGUGGCCCUCUCCUUCCCCGCCGAGUCCCUGGAGGAGUGCCUGCCCUUUUACUCAGUGACCCCGUGCGUUACGGUCAUGGGGGGAAGUCCUGCUCAUCGUCCUGCCCGGGACAGAGGCUGGGAGAAGGACAGCGACACGAGUCAGGGCUUUCUUGGUGGCAGCCCCAUGUCUUUGGCAUUCCCUCCCAAAUGAUUUGGUCUGCCUCCACAGAAAAGAAUGUAUCAUUCCGUGUAAGUGUCUACAAUUCACGUUCAGUGAAUGAGGCUUCCAUCCAUUGCAGCAUUGCAAAACAGUUCAUUUGAAAACCAACAGGACACACAGCUAAUCUACUUUGUUGUUGUUUUGCAGUAGGGUUCCCUGCGAUUAGGAAGUAACUACAAGUUAUGAUGCCUUUAUUGAAUUGUGUCAUUGUUUUGAGAAAUUUAUUGUUGUUGUUUACUUUAUUUAUAUGCAACAGGGUUUGAUAUUAUAAUGAUUGCAAUGUUUGUGAUUUUUUUUAAUGCUGUUGUGAUUAUUGUGAGCUCAAUAUUUGUUGUUAGAAAAGCAAGAUACAAGUAUGUCAAAUGAAAAAAAGAACUGAAUACCUUUUUAUUUGUGCAUGAUCCAAUUUCACGAUGUUUUAUCACUACCGUGUUGGAUUCACUGAUUUUUUUUCGGUGGGAUUUUUUUUUGUAUUUUAAAUGUAUUUUAAUGAUCACUGAAUUUUCAUUAUCAUUGCCUUAAAUCUCUCUGAACUCCAUUUUGGAGAAAAGGCUUGAUAUAAAUCUAUCAAAUAAAUUCACCCUCUAUAUUUAUUUUGGUUUACUCUCUCUUUUGGACAAGCCCUUGCAAGGCAGUUUAUGAUUUUUUAAAAAGUAAUGAAAUAAAUUGCAUGUAUUAGAAACUGGAUCAGUUUUCUUUUUUUAAUGUAAGAGCCAGCAAUAAAAGCUUUUUGGAGGUAUGUUUUUUUUUUAAUAAAAGGAUUGAUUUAGAAACGUUCUCCCCAAGGAAGGGGCCAGGCGAGAUUCUUAGGGGUGAGCAUUCUGCAAGUGAGCAGCCGCCCUUUUUCUCCAAGAGCGGUUGCAUUUCAUUACCCAAUCUUCUCUCUCUGCCUCUGCCUCUCUCUAGUCGGAGUCCCAAGAUCAGGUCUUCCUCCGCUGGAGCACCGGAGAAACAGCAACGAUGCACAUCCUGGUCGUCCAUGCCAUGGUGAUUCUGCUGACUCUUGGACCACCUCAAGGUGAAUGAUGGAGGUCAUGUAUUUUCCAGUGGAUGCUGGAUCUGCCUCUCUGCCCAGCCUCCUUUGCCCCGGGCAGGAAUUAAUGGAUCUAUGCCUGAUUGAGCCAAAUGGAAUGGGGAAUCUCUCCUUGAAUCCCUGCAAAGCUUCUCUGAGAGGCUCUGUCUUUCUCCUGUGAAAGAAGUGAAUCCGUGGAAUGAAGCGCCAAUUGCAGAUUUCAGUUCGGUGCUCCUGGUUUUUCUCCCCCUACAUAAAUCAAUAAAAGGUCCCUAGACCUUAUAGGUGCAGAGGCAGGCGAGACCAAUGCCCGAGGAAAUCUCUGAUGCCUUAAGCAGUGGCUACAUAGCAGUUUCCAGUGGAUCUUCUUUAGCGAUCUCUCAUAGCCAAGUAAGAUUGUCCUUCAUAAAGACGGUCUUAACAGUGAAUCCGUAAGGCCAAUUCUGAAUCCACAUGUCCUUCCACAGUGGAGACAAAGGUUUCCGGGCAGGAGUUGAUCACAGUGAGGGUUUGCCAAGCGUGCCUUCCUCUUAGCAACAUUUCUCCCUUUCGUCCUGAGUUUGAGUGUCUUCAAAGCCCACGACACCUUUAGUAAAAGCUGUUCUCCAACUGGAGCACUCGCAGGCCAGUGUUUCCCAGUUGUCAGUGUUUAUACUACAUUUUUUAAGAUUUGCCUUGAGACAGUCUUUAAACCUCUUUUGUUGCCCACCAGUAUUACGCUUUCCAUUUUUAAGUUCAGAAUAGAGUAGUUGCUUUGGAAGACGAUCAUCAAGCAUCCGCACAACAUGACCAGUCCAACAAAGUUGAUGUUGAAGAAUCAUCGCUUUGACACUGGUGAUCUUUGCUUCUUCCAGUACACUGGCAUUAGUUCGCCUGUCUUCCCCAGUGAUGUGUAAACUUUUUCGGAGACACCAUUGAUGGAAUCUUUUGAGGAGUUGGAGAUGGCGUAUAUAAGUGGUCCCUGUUUCACAAGCAUGGGACCUGAGCGCCCCGUGUGGCUUGUCGCCUGUUCAAUACAACCAGCAGAAGUUGAGUCAAUUCUGCCCACUGGCCUGAUUUGCAUAAUGGAUAUAGAGGGCAAGAUAUUUUUUUGUGGGGAGGAGACGUUUGGGUGAAGUUGAGCAGGAUUUUGAUGCACGCAUAUCUCUGGUGUUAAUAGGGAGUGGGCUUUUGUGGGGCGGCUUCUGUGACCCUCUCUAUUCUGUUUCCUAAGUUGUGGUAAAAAGAUCAUUUACCAGCUUUACCCCCAAAAAAGUAUUUUGUUCUGUCACCUCCCCAAAGCCCCCAACAAGCCCGGGACUGGGGGAGGGGAGUUGUGGUCCACAACAUCAGGAGGGCACCAGGUUGACGAAGGCUGGUUUGGGGUUUAGCAAAUAUGUGCGAGGCAAGCAAGAUGACUCUCCGAACAUUUAUUUAAAGCCGGGGGCGGGGACUUUUGCACCCUGCUGGACAUCUGGUUCCCCGAGAAGAAGCCCCUCCCCACCGCUUUCCUGGUGGACACAUCAGAAGAGGCGCUUCUCCUCCCAGACUGGCUGAAGCUGCGCAUGAUCCGUUCAGAGGUGCCUCGGUUGGUGGAUGCAGGUAGGUAGGUCGGCCGGCCUGGGGAUGUGGGAAGAGACGCCAUUGGUGGCCUAUCUGUUGAGCUGUCCUCCAUACAUGAAGUCACAGGAAGGGCUUGAAAGACAGUGGUACCUCAGUUUUCAAAUGCAAUCCAUUCUGGAAGUCUGAUUGAGUUCCGAAAUGUUCGGAAACUGAAAGCUGAAGCCUCAAAACAGAAGCCUCAAGAUGGAAAACUCAAAAUGGAGGCAUUUACUUCUGGGUUUUUGGCCUUCAAGUUCCGAAAUGUUCGACUAUGGAGGCGUUUGAAAACCGAGGUACCACUGUAUAAGCAACGAAUUACUGAAAGACUUACCGAUAUCGGGGCUUAGAUAAUAAAAGUGUAUGUGUUCUAAAACAGCUAUUAAAAAGGAGUAACCAAAACAACAUAAGGGAAGGAGGGGUGGGAAGCCGAGAAGGAAUUAUGUGUUUAAAAAAGCUAUUUGAUGACAAGAGUUUUGUAAUAUUUGUGGCCACUUAUUUUAGAGAGAGAGAGACGCCUGUUGAGUUACCUGUGACACAACUGGCCGUGCACAUAAGGCUCUGUGUAAUGUGAUUUUUGUGGGUUCGCAAGGAACUUGGAGCGAGCCGGUUCUGACUUGGGGGGUGUUUUGUCCCAGCUCUGCAAGAUUUGGAGCCUCAGCAGCUGCUGCUGUUUGUCCAGUCCUUUGGCAUCCCCGUCUCCAGCAUGAGCAAGCUUCUGCAGUACCUGGACCAGGCCGUCUCCCACGACCCUCAGACUCUGGAGCAGAAUAUCAUGGACAAAAGUAAGGGAACUCAGGGCGGCGGCAGUGGGCGGGGGGGAGGAUCCCCUCAAGCUCCAUCUUUUUUCAUUUUCUUCUUAUAUUUUAUUGGGGGGGGGGGGAAAUCAGUGAUAAAAAAAUUAAGUGAUACAGGAGGGAAAGUGAGGGGAAGGAAAAAACAAAGAUGUGUAUAAGAAAGAAAAAAACUCUUAUGUUGAAUUUUUGUACAGUGGACUCUCAGGUUGCGAAUGUGAUCCGUGCGGGAAGCACGUUCGCAACCCGCCGCAUUCGCAGCUUGCAGCGCCGCGUGUGUGCACGCGUGGAUCAUGAUUUGGCACUUCUGCGCAUGCCCAAAGCGCGAUUUAGCACUUCUGCACAUGCGCAAGCGCCGAAACCCAGAAGUAACCAGUUCCGGUACUUCCGGGUUUGGCGCAGCGCACAACGCAAAAUCGCACAACCCGAAGCAUCUGUAACCCAAGGUAUGACUGUAUAUUGAUUUUAUUAUUGUUCUUAUUAUUCAGCAUCAACCUUCUGGGCAUGGGUCAUAUUAUACGGGCAGGUUUGUUUGUGCGUAUCAUAAUCUUCCCAACCUUCUACCUUCCCGAUGUUUUCGGCUUCAACUACCAUCAUCCCCUGUUUUGUUAGCAAGGGCUGAUGGGAGUUGGAGUUCCCAGCGUCAUCUAAAAAGCACCACACCCACCAGCUCUUCCUUGCCACAUUAAGCAGGGAAGGACAUUUCCCCUUUGUUUUAGUUUUCCAUGGGACACUUUCUGUUCCAUUCAGACCACAUCCACACUAUACAUUUAAAGUGCUAUGAUCGCACUUGGAACAGUCAUGGCUUCCCCUAAGGAAUUCUGGGAGCUGUAGUUUGUUAAGGGUGCUGAACGCAGCCAGCCAGAAGUAUAUGGGAAAGCUCACAAGCAGAACCUGAGCUCAGCAGCCAUCUCCCCACUUGCGAUUCCCAGCAGCUGAUCUUAUCCGCACAAGCAAUUCCCUAACUCCACCCAUAUACAAUUAACUCCAGUGCCCCCUAAUGAUUGAACUGUAUAACAACACUAUCCACUGACCCUUUUUUUUUGCCGAUUUGUUUUCUUUCAGAUUACAUGGCUCACCUGGUGGAGGUCCAGCAUGAGAGAGGAGCUACUGGCGGACAGACAUUCCAUUCGCUGCUCACCGCUUCUAUCCCAUCUCGCCGAGGUAUUCGUUCAUUCAUUCAUUCAUUCGUUACACAUGCUCUUACAUGCCACUUUCUGUCACAAAGUAACCUCAAAGCUGCUUGCAUAAAGUGCUCAGAACAGAAUAAAUAGAAAUCCCAAAAUGCAGCUUUGAAGCCACAGCGAUAAAGCUGUUACACUCAAGAAGCAAUACAAAAAAAGAGACCAAAUGUGGUUUGGCAGCGACGGCGGGGGACGGCAAAAAUGUCUUCUCUGUGUGGCGAAAUUCCAGCAGUUUAUUUCCUCUCCCCCCCCCCCCACAUUUUUAAAAAUUGAAUUUUAGUAGCAGCAGGUGGCUUACAGAAAUGAAACAAAAAUUUGUUUUAAAACAGCCGGUUUUUGCAAUUGCCAAUAAAGAAAUAUAGAACUUAACUGAAUCGGUAACAAAACACUCCAAGAGGGUGUGGUCUAUGAUUACAGAAGGCAACUACAACCGGGAAGGGCAGGGUAUAAAUAAAAAAUUAUUAUUGUUGCUAUUAUUGCAACCUGAUCUCACAACCAGUGUGCUUUCUGUGCUGCCAUCCUAUCUGCCCUCCUUGACCUUGAUCAGAUGUAGGCUUUCCAGCAACACUGAGUCUGUUAACUCUCUCCCUCUCCCAGUUCUCCUUCGCCUAACUGUUCACCCCCUGGUUCUUCCCAACUGUUUUCUGAACUAUGUCCCUCUGCAAACCAUUGUUCCAAAUCUAUACUGUCCCACUGCUCCUGGGAAGAUUCAGGAUCCUGAUCAGGGGGAGGGGGGGUGCUCCCACCAUUCCUGCUCAGUGCCGCCCUCAUCCGCAUGGUCCCUGACAAGUUCUUGAAAAAGCCCCACUCUCAAGAUUUCCCCAUUAUUUUCUCUUCAGACAGCGAUGGUUCUCCGCGACCCAAAAGCAGCCUCGAGACUCCACAAGGGCAGGGCAGGAUCCGUGCUUUGGCCCAGAUCCGAGUUCUCGGUCCAGACGAUGACUUGGCAGGCAUCCUCCUUCAGGUAGGGACCCUGAUCCUUACCCCCCCAAACCCCCUGUCAGGAGCUUGUCCUACACUCAAGUAGGACCCUGGCAGAGACACAAGUCCAACUGGCAUGUUCUCUCCCUCCUGGUCUUUCGUUCGGGAGCUUUCUUCUGCCCGAACAUCACAGCGACCGAUGCCUACAGACAUCGGCACACUUAGGGAUCCGCAGAGUUUGUGCAUCAUGCGUAACAGACCUCAGCAACUCAGCAUUUGGGCUAAUCUACUUUAUUUACAUAUAAACACACACGGAGCACUGCAACAUGGCUCCCUCUCUCUCUAGCAUCAGACAGCAAAGAGCAAAAGAACAAAGGACAGUAGUCCCACUUCACAGAACACAGCAACACAAACAUCCUGUCUCCGUCACUUCCCACUCUGUGGAGUCAAAAUAUAUACCGUCAUGUGAUAGACAACAAUCCCAUGACUGCAAUCAUGGAGCAGGAAUUCUAACACCCCCAACCCCACUUUGUUUCUUUGCAUGCUCUUCCACGCUGUCCAUGUCUCUCUGGCGAAACUGCAGACAGUCUCCGCCACAGAAUUAUUGUUUUGCUUAUUUAUUGCAGUUAUUAGUCCCUUUUCUUUCACAAAAAGUGAGCCGCAAUGACUUCCAAAACAGCACAAAAUGUUAAAACCUUAAAAUGCAUGUGUGCAUUUAAGAGACAGGUCUAAGGCUUCCCAUACUCUGAAAGAGGCCACAAAUAUCUAAACCCAGUUUCUGAGCAAACAUAUUCCUGUCACCAUGCCGGUUCUCACGCACAUACAUACAUCCCAUGAUUCCCCAUCACUCCAUUUUUGUUCCUUCGUUGAAACCUUUAUUAGCUGUUCUUCAGCCUUGCCUCUCAGAGCGACAGAUGCCAUAAGGCAGUGGAAGACAACAGGUGAUAGAUUCCGUAAGACCGCAAUAACAAAUGGCAACUGCUGAAAAUCUGGUAUUAAAAAAACGGGGUAGGGACCAGACCUUCGCAACGGCCCAGGCAGAUUUUUUUUAAAAAAUUGGAACAUUUUUAUCUGGCACAAAACGGAGAACAAAGAUGGUGCCAGGCAGGCUUCCAUGGAAGGGGAGUUCUACAGAUGCAAGGCCACUACUGAGAAGGCCCUCUGUAUUGUCAUUGCCUGCUUAAUUGCAGAUGGGUAUGGAGGGCAGAGGGAUGUGGGUGGCUCUGUGGGUUAAACCAGAGAGCCUAGGACUUGCCGAUCAGAAGGUUGGCGGUUCGAAUCCCUGCGAUGGGGUGAGCUCCCGUUGCUCGGUCCCUGCUCCUGCCCACCUAGCAGUUCGAAAGCACGUCAAAGUGCAAGUAGAUAAAUAGGUACCACUCCGGCAGGAAGGUAAACGGCGUUUCCGUGCACUGUUCUGCUUCGCCAGAAGCGGCUUAGUCAUGCUGGCCACAUGACCCGGAAGCUGUACGCCGGCUCCCUCGGCCAAUAAAGCGAGAUGAGCGCUGCAACCCCAGAGUCGGUCACAACUGGACUUAAUGGUCAGGGGUCUCUUUACCUUUAUGGAGGGCAGACUUUGGGGCAGCAAAUGCCAUGGGCAGAUGGGGCUUUGGGUUUGAUAAAACCUUUUGGGCCCUCCCCAUUUCCUUCUCACCACCAGCCCCUUCCCAGUGGGUCCCUUGCCCCGAAAGUCCAUGCUUCCUUUUCUCCCCCUCUUUGACCUUUCCCACUGCACCGAGAUCUGCAGAAACCCAGGUAUUGCGGCUGGGAGAAAAGGAAGCAAAAAUGUAGAAACCUGGAAACCCGUGUUUUUCCUAGUCUGUAAGCAAAUGCAGCUCCCUCACUUUUCUGACGCCUCCUUUUUCGCGCCUUGGGCAGCUCUUUCCGUUGACUCCAGAUCCCCGCUGGCAGAACUCGAACCCGCGCCCCCUUUCCUUGGCUCUACAGCAGGCGCUGGGGCAGGAGCUGGCCCGGCUCCGCCAGGGGAACGACACCACGCCAGGGACCGCGGUGAAACUCCUGCAGGCGGUGGCGGCCCUGCUGAACUCUCCCCAUGGCGGGGCGCUGGUGAUGGCGAUGCACCGGAACCACGUUGCGUCUUGUCCGCUCAUGCGCCUGCUGUUCCAGUGUCAGGUGAGGACGUCUGUGGGUGGAGGGGCCCAGGUUGUCAUCCGAGGCUGCCAGGGUAGCUCAGUUACAAAACAACAACUAACAAACCUAUGGUCACGUAAAGCAUCCUCAAUAAACACACGAGAUGUAACCGGCUGUGUUCUUAGAUAAAUAAGGUAUGCAAUUCAUUGUAUCAAAUUUCAACAGAAGUAACUCAUAAAGUUCAACAAACGAACAAAACAGAAGACCCAGUGGAUCAGAUCAUUUUCUAGUCAGUUCAUGCAUAAGCUCCAUCCGUGUAAAGGCGUCUAUUCCACCUGUCUGUUCAUAAAGUGCAAACAAUCCACAUGAAAGGUUGUUACACUUCCACAAAAUACAUAUCGUAUGUACAGUUAUUUAUUGUUUGAUAUUAUUUUUGCUGUAAAAUAUGUGAGAGCAUGAUAAUUGUAUUUAUUUGCAUUACUUAGUGCUUUAACUACUAUUGAAGCCCAGGACGACGAAACAAGGCCAAUAUUCCGGAAUGCAUACCUUAUUUAUCUAAGAACAUAGCCGGUUACGUCUCGUGUGUUUAUUGAGGGUAGCUCAGUUGGCAGAGCAUGAGGCUCUUAAUCUCAGGGUUGUGUGUUCGAGUCCCACGUUGGGCAAAUGAUUCCUGCCUUGCAAGAUUGGGGCAGAUGACCCCUGUGGUCUGAAUUCUGCAAUUAGGGCUGGGGAAUAAUAUAUGGCUUUCAGCGUCGCGAUAUAUCGCCAGCUAAAUAUCACAAUAUACCGAAAUAACAUGAUGUCAGAAAUAAGGAUGGCUCUAUAUAGCAGCAUUGGCUGGCUUCAUGGUUUUUCCUGCAUCGUGAUUUUUACAUAGCACACACACACACAUUAGGGCUGGGGCAAUGCACUGUCAAUGUCACUGUCAAUGCACUGUCAAAAAUCACUUUCAUCAUGGAAACGGUUUCAUAAUAUUCAACACAUACCGCCGUGUUCAACACAUACCGCAAAUCACGAUGUGUGUUCGUGUGCUGUUAAAAAUCGUCAAGCCAGUCGUUGCUUCUUUCAUUAUUCCUUCUGCCCCUGUUGCUCCACUACAAAAUAACAGUUGUAAUAAUAUGUUAAAGGUAAGUUUUAAAAGUCUCCAUUUUAGACCCCUGCGUAGUAGCCGUUGUCAGGACAUGACCCCGUUCACCUCUACAUAGUUCCAUCCUUGUUUCAGACAUCAUGAUAUAUUCGUAUAUCACAGCGUUCAGCCGGUGGUAUAUCAACGCUAAAAGCCAAACAUCGCUCGCCCUAACAUACAUCAUGGUUCACGAUACAUUGCCUGGUCAAAAAUUAUGAAACCGAUAUCACAUUAUUGGACUUCAGACCGAUUUUGGAUAUUUUAUCUAUAUAUCGCCCAGCCCUAGCUAUGAUUCUAUUAAUCUAUGAUCUGUGUGGGUAGCUGGAGUCUGGCACAUACAAACAACCAGGUGGUUGUUAUUUCAUAUUAAUUAAUCUAUUAAUUUCCCACAUGCCACCCUACCAAGCAUUUGUGGUACCAAAGGUGAAGGCUCCAGUUAGCCUUCUGGUAGCCCUGGGUUCAAGACCACCCUGGCGACUUAGCAGGAGGAAAUGUAAGCUCCUCUGGUCUGCCGUUCUCUUGCCUUGCCCCUUUGCUUUGUGUUCUGCCUGUAAUCCCACCUGUUCCCUUCUCCAGCGUUCCGUCCCCCAGGACACCACCUUCUCCUCGCUGUUUUUCAAAGUCCUCAUGCAGAUGUUGCAGUGGCUGGAGAAUCCAGCUGUGGAGGAAGGGCCUCUGCGGACCCAGCUCAAAUCCUUCGCUGUCCAGUAUUCCUCCAGACACCGGAUCAAUGACGGUAAGAGGGGCGGUUUGGGACGCCUGGGGGAGGACUUGCCACUGCAGGCUGCAUGGGGCAGAGACCUUCCUUGGAGCUUAUGCCACCCUGUAAAACUGACAGGGUCUCACUCAGGGUGGAUUUGAUUUGAGGCAGAAAGGGCAUCUAUACAAACAGACUACUAGCUUCAUCCUGGGAAGGAAAAUACAUUAUCAUACUCCACAGCAGGGUGGAUUUGAUUUAGAUCAAAUCGAUUUAAAUCACAAUUUAAAUCGCUAGCCAGUAAGAUUUGAUUUAAACUUGAUUUAAAUUUCUCUUUUUUUACAGAAAGACUCAUUCUUGCUGGUAUAAUCCUAAUAUUUACACCCAGAUGAAGAUUUCCUGUUUGGAAUAAUAAAAUUUCAGAGUAGUUUUUACAGUUAUAUCAAAAAUUACUGAUUUGGUUAUACGAUUAGAAAUACAUUGACAGAUAAUUAUGAAAUUGUGAGGUUUAAUAGGUUUACUGUUUAUAUUUGGACAACUUUUCCGCUGUACUUUAUUGGAAGGAGAAAAAUGAUCAUUUCCUCACUAACAAUUUAAACAAUUUAUUUAACUAAAACAAUAACAUUAUAGCAUAUGUAUCCAUGUUUGUUAACUGAUGUGGUUAAACAAUUUUUUUAAAAAACCAAAAACCUUAGACUGAGUUUUAGCACACAUGAAAAACUUGAAACAAAUCCUUAUAAACUUGGGACUAUAAUGUAACUUAAAUAGCAAACUAUCUUUAGAAAUAUUUUUCCUCCAAAAGUAUUUUAUUUUAAAAAUCCAAUUUAAAUUUUUUUUAAAAAAAUCUGAUUUAAAAUUUUAAAAAAUCCAGUUUAAAUUUUAAAAAUCUGAUUUUUAAAAUUUUAUUUAUUUUUUUAAAUCAUUGAUUUUUAUCCAACCUGGUCUCACUGCUGCUAGCAAUCGUUCUGCAGCAGCCUGCGCUAACCACAGCUUCCAUUUCAUGGGCAUGGGAGGCCCCACACAUAACUCAGAACUGGUUCCUCCAACUUGCAUCAGCUCUCCAAGUUUAUCAGGCAGAGGCCUUUCCCACCAGCCGUGACCUUGUAACAGAAGGUGGUAGGAAUCGAACUCGGGCCUGUCUGUAGUCAAAGGGCCUGCGCAACCACUGAGCCUGGCUCCUGAGCCAUCCUUUAUUUCCUCUCUUCUCCCUGGCAGUCCGCGGUGGAUUCCUGCACCUCGCUGAGGCUCUGGCUUUCCGCCGGGACGCCGACGUCAUCGGCCCGACUGUCUGCGCCAUCAUCACCACCUUGAAGUCUGGGGAGAAGUAUAACGUGGAGCCUGAGCUGGUCAGCAAAGGUAAGACCCGUCUCCCUUCCUCCUUCCUCUGAUCACGGGUGAAGCAGCACCAACUGCUCUCCUGCUCCUCUUCUUCUCCACGGGCAGCUGGGAAAUGGGUGUUCUGGGCCAGACUAGGGCUGACUCUUUCCUCCAGCAUUUAUGCAUCAUUUGGUGCAAUUAGGACCUUCCUCUCUUCUCGGUUGGGAUUCAAGGCAGCUUCCAACAUUUAGAAACUGCACUACCAAAUGCACUAUUAUAAUACGAUUAGUAUCUUAUGCAAAGGUUCAGAUUUGAGGGUUUGGCCUAUAUGCGAAACUGUGCAUACUUUUUUUUUUAAUUUUCAAAGAUCUUUAUUGAAACUUAACAUAUAUAUAUAUAUAUAUAUAUAUAUAUAUAUGUAUAUAUAUAAUAACCAAAAUUCCCAAUGAUUCCCUCACAUAAAAAAUAAUAGCUAAAUUACAACAGCUGCAUAAUUAUACACUUAAUUUUAAAACCCACCACCCUACUUCCCUCCACAGCAAUUCGACUUCUUUAUAUUUCUUUCUACCUUUUUUCCCUUGCAUUCUAUAAUAAUAAAAAUCCUUUGCUUCAGGAUGAGAACAGAAAUCGUGCUCCGGCGGUGCGGCAGCAGCAGGAGGCCACAUUAGCUAAAGUGGUGCUUCAGGUUAAGAACAGUUUCAGGUUAAGAAUGGACCUCCGGAACAAAUUAAGUACUUAACCCGAGGUACCACUGUAAUCUUUGAAAUACUUCCACUCCAUUCUUAACUUUUGAUUUGAUUGAUAUCUUAUAAUUGAAGUUAAUUUUGCGAAUUCUAUAUACUCACUUAAUUUACAAAUCCACUCUUCCUUUGUUGGUGUGUCCUGAGAUUUCCAUUUAGUAGCAAUCACUACCCUAGCGGCUGUUGUUGCAUAUAAAAAGAUUUUUUUUUCCUUAUGUGGUAUGUCUUUGCCCACCAACCCUAACAGAUAAGCUUCAGGAUUUUUUAUCAAGGUUUUCUUUUUAGCAUUUUCUUAAGUUCCUUGUGUAUUAUUCCCCAAAACUUCUUUAUUUCCUCGCAACCCCACCACAUAUGAAUUACCAUAUUUUUCGCUCUAUAGGACGCACCUUUUCCCCUCCAAAAAUUAAGGGGAACUGUGUGUGCUUCCUAUGGAGCGAAUGCAGGCUCCUUGGCUUCAGCGAUAGCAACGUGAAGCCUCCAAAGUGCAGAGGGAGCGCUCCCUCUGUGCUCCGGAGGCUUCGCGUUGCUUUCGCUGAAGCCUGGAGAGUGAGAGGGGUCAGUGCGCACCGACCCCUCUCGCUCUCCAGGCUUCAGGGAUAGCCGCCUGAAGCCUCCGCAGUGCAGCGGAGUCUUGCUCUCCUGGCUCAGUGAAAGGAACCCGAAGCCUUUGGAGGGCAGUGCGAGUUCCCGCUGCACUCCAAAGGCUUCAGGUGGCUAUCCCUGAAGCCUUCAGAGCGCAGCAGGAACUCGCGCUGCGCUCCGAAAUCUUUGGGUUCCUUUUGCUGAAGCCAGGAGAGCAAGACUCUCCUGGCUUCAGCAGAGAGGGAGAGCUGAGCAGCGUCCCUUCAGCGAAGGAGAAAUGGAAGGGGCUCGGUUUCUCCUGCCCCUUCGUUGAAGGGGCGCUGAGCAGAGAGGGGGAGAUUUUUUUUCCCUCAUGUUCUCCCCCUCUAAAACAAGGUGCCUUCUAUGGUCGGGUGCGUCCUAUAGAGCGAAAAAUUCGGUAUCAUUCCAGGGUGAAACUGUGCAUACUUGAGCUGCCCUCUUGGAACCGCCACUGCAUGGGCAUCCUUACAGCUCUGGGAUGUUCUCAUGAGAUCUCACAGGGCCGUCUUGAGUUUCUGUGAGAUCUCUCGCAAGAUCUCGCACGACUGUCUCCAGGCUUGCAGAGCAGGUGACCCUGGAGGACCUUGCCCAGAAAGCAAAUUCAAGCGCUUAAAAGCUCUUUUUUGCACCAGGAAAACCUUGCAUGCAUUUAGUUUGUACGAUUUCAACCAGCCAGCCUUGCAAGAUAGAAAUCACACAAGUUAAGUGUGAGGUGCAAUUGUAUUGAAAAUACUUUUUUUAAAAAAACUGGUUGAAAAUGAUAGUUAAAAUACAUCACAUUCAGAACCAGCUGCAGGAACGCCACAGCAAUGCUGUAGAACAGAGCGCCAGAGGCAGCGGGGAUUUUAGUGUCGCACAGAGCGCCGCUGAAAUCGGAGAGCCCAAAGGCUGCCAUUGCUUGGCACCCAAUGCAUGAAGUGCUGAGAGUCAAGGAGUGUGAAGCUACUUCCUUUCCUCGCUCAGUCCGUUUCCUGCCUUCCCUAGCUAGAAUCAUAGAAUCAUAGAAUAGAAUCAUAGAAUCAUAGGGUUGGAAGAGACCACAAGGGCCAUCGAGUCCAACCCCCUGCCAAGCAGGAAACACCAUCAGAGCACUCCUGACAUAUGGUUGUCAAGCCUCUGCUUAAAGACCUCCAAAGAAGGAGACUCCACCACACUCCUUGGCAGCAAAUUCCACUGUCGAACAGCUCUUACUGUCAGGAAGUUCUUCCUAAUGUUUAGGUGGAAUCUUCUUUCUUGUAGUUUGGCUCCAUUGCUCCGUGUCCGCUUCUCUGGAGCAGCAGAAAACAACCUUUCUCCCUCCUCUAUGUGACUUCCUUUUAUAGUUCUAGCUAAGAUUCUCUAGUUCUAGCUAAGAUUCUCCUGUGCACCUCCUGCGGUUCCUAUUCCUUGUUUUUCUGUUUUCGUUUGCCUCCAUCCAUGGCACAGCUUCAGGGACAGGUCACGCUCUAGAUCAGCAUUUCUCAGCCUGUGGGUACCCAGAUGUUGUUGAACUACAGCUCCCAUCACCUGUAGCUAGCAAGGCCAGAGCUCAGGGAUGAUGGGAGUUGUAGUCCAACAACAUCUGGGGACCCACAGGUUGAGAACCGCUGCUCUAGAUGCUGCUGGACUCCGACUCCCAUCAGCCCCCAGUCAGCAAGGGAUGAUGGGAGCUGUAGUCCGGCAGAGUCUGGAGAGGUCCUCAGGGUUCCCAGUCUCUGCUCUGAAGGGCAUUUAGUGCAAAGGUUCUAAUCCAAGUCCUGGGAGACACGACCACCUUUUUCUCUGCCCAUGCUUCCGCUCAGUUUCUUUUUUUAAAAAAAUAUUUUUAUUAAGCAAUUUCAACAUAACAAAUUAUCAAAUCAUAUAAUCACAUACAUUAUUUCCCCCCUUUUUCCUGCUCCCCCUUCCACCCCUCCCUCCCUCCCCCACCCACCAGCUCCUCUCUGAUUUCUCUGCACAUAUUAUUCUCUGCAUGUUAUAAAAUUAUACAUAUCCUUGCAUUGUCUAUCUUAUCAUGUUAUCAACCAAUAAAUUUGUGUAUGUUUAUUCAAAACCUCCCAAGGAGUCCAGUUCAUUUUGUAAAAAGUUCCCAUUCUUCCUUAAAGUCACAGUUGUCCUUGUCCCGCAGUUUGUAUGUCAAUUUAGCCAGUUCUGCAUAACUCAUCAAUUUUUCUUGCCACUGUUCUUUCAUUGGGAUUUCCUCAUUCUUCCAUCCUUGUGCUAUCAAGACUCUUGCCGCUGUUGUAGCAUACAUAAAUAAAUUGUUUAUUUUUCUUGGCUUCCGCUCAGUUUCUUAACUGGCUUCUGUCCUUUCCCUCCAUUUUGCCAGUCCUUCGAGGCCUGACAGAAACACACUCGCCAUACUUGGAGGAACUGCUGGCUUCCCUCUUCUCGGUUACCAUGGAGAUGCCAUCCUGCUUCCCUGCCACGGGGCCCAUUUCUGUGGUGAGCUCGCUGCUGCUCCAGGACAAAGAAGAGACCCCUGUGAAGAAAGAAACCGAGAGCUGCAGGUGAUACUGGCUGGGCAGGUUUGCCCUCUGCCCUCCUUAAGACCUUGACAGGCUCAACCAGCUGCCGGCUGCCUUUCCUGUCGGUAUUUUUCAAUGUCUCUUUCCUCAUUUUCGCCCGCCAGUGCCGAAACCUGCCAGCUGGGGCCUUCCUCUGGCCUGUUCAUCGACUGGCUGGAGAUCCUGGACCCCGAAGUGAUCAGCAACUGCCCAGAUCUCCAGCAAAGGCUGCUCUUCUCCUGGAAUAAGGUGAGGCGCCAUCAAGCCUGGUGUACCUGUGACGUCAGGUGGCAUCUCCAGCUUCCAAGAGCUGAAAUUGCUGAAGAGAUCCUAGUGGGGGCUUCCUUCCCGUGUCCGGAGCUGCUGUCAGGGGCUGGACUGAGGAGGAAUGGUGGGGGCCGCUGCCCCUUCUCCUGAAGCUUCCCAAGGGCAGGAGGGGAGUAUAGAUUUAGAAAAGCGGUUUGCAGAGGGGCAUGAUCCAGACGGGAAAAGCUGGGUGUGGCAAUCACACAGGGUCCCCGGACAUUUAAUGGUCUACUGAUCCCUGUGCCACCACUGUGCUCACUUCCCCGCUGCCACCAACCAGUUACUCUCAGGUAAAACACUGAGUCCAGACAGUUGUUAAAAGUGAACCAAAUAAACAAGUUUAUUUUAUAAACAUUAACAAGUUUAUGGUUUCUCAGAUAAUAUUCCUGUCAGUAUCUUAACUUUAGUUUCUUUACCGGCCUAUACCUUCCUAAUACUUUCUGACUGAUUAUCUCAACUGUUUGACUGACUCCUCUUAAGAAAUUCUCUCAUUCUCUCACAUCAGACUAGCCCAACCCACAGACUUAUCCUCUCUGUCUCUUCUAACUCCAGACUGUCUUCUCAACCACCCUAACUCUAACUCUAAAAAACCCCUCUGUGCUUAAACCUUAUACACACUUAACUCCGCUCCUUGGGUUCCCAUUGGUUAGUCAUUUUACAGUUAGCUAACCCUUUACUUAUGAACCCAGAAUGAUGUCACACACCUAGGCGGGCAAACGCCACACUGGGAAAUACCGGGUGAGGAACAGCUAGAAGAGGAAACACCAGGAGAGAGAGACAGACGGCAGAUUCAGUUCCUUUGGGAAACAUUCCUGAUCCCCCUUCGCCUAAGACUAGGCGGGCUCUGAGAGUGAUAGAACAGAAAGCGCAGAGCUCAGAUUCCCUGACGUAGGAAUGAUGUAGAUUUAUGGGGACGGGGGGGUAAACCUUUACUGGGAGCAACACCAUUUCUAGAGAGAUAUGCAUUCCUUUGUCUCUCGCUGUGAUUAUUAAAGAAACUAACUGGUAAGAAUGCUCCUUUCGUUUGAUCUGCUUCUUUACUGCCACCGGGGAAGGGAUCCGAUUCCCCGAAGCCUGACAGCUGGGCAAGCUUCUUGCCUUUGCCUUCAUCGCCCUCUGUGGCUUUGCCUCGUCUUCGUCUCUUUGCCCCAAGUACUCCCUUGUAGCUCAGUAGCCAAGCAGCAGACCAUCCCAGCUUCAAUCCCAUAUCCCUCCAUAGUUACCUUUCCCCUUUCUCUUUCAGGAUAAUGGCUCUUCCGAAUCAGAGCCACCCUCUUUCCGCCCAUACCUUUUGGCUCUCCUGACUCACCAGUCCAGCUGGACCACGCUGCACCGCUGCAUCAAGAUCCUGCUUGGCAAAAGCCGAGAGCACAGGUGGGUCAACCCAGAGCCUCUUUGGGUGGCUUCGCUAAUUCGUAAAAAGUGUAUCUGUAUCGCUGCAUCAUAAAACGGUAUGGCGACGUACAGCAUCGAAGCAUAAAGCGACAAUACAGUGGUACCUCGUGUUAAGUACUUAAUUCGUUCCGGAGGUCUGUUCUUAACCUGAAACUGUUCUUAACCUGAAGCACCACUUUAGCUAAUGGGGCCUCCUGCUGCCGCUGCGCUGCCGGAGCACGAUUUCUGUUCUCAUCCUGAAGCAAAGUUCUUAACCUGAAGCACUAUUUCUGGGUUAGCGGAGUCUGUAACCUGAAGCGUAUGUAACCCGAGGUACCACUGUACAGUCAUACCUCACGUUACGUUUGCUUCAGGUUACGUUCUUUCAGGUUACGUCCUGUGGUGACCCGGAAGUACCGGAAAGGGUUACUUUCAAGUUUCGCUGCUUGCGCAUCCGCAGAAGCGCUAAAUUGCGCAUGCGCACAAGCACCAAAACGCACCGCGCACCUGCACAGAUAUGGCACUUCAGGUUGCGCUCUUUUCAUGUUGCGAAUGGGCCUCCGGAAUGGAUCCCGUUCGCAACCAGAGGUACCACUGUAUAGAUAAAAGUGUUUGUCAGGUGUGCAAAGAACCACUGACUCGCAUGGCCUCAGGUGCAAUGCCAGAGAUGCUUGCAGGGGACUCUGCUGCUGUGAUGUGGACACAGCGAGGAGGUGAAUAUCCCCCCUCCCUCACAAAAGCAGGAGUCAGUGCAGUGUAGGAGAUUUUUGCUUUAGCUAGAUUCUUGCCCUGCUUUUGCUGGGAGAGGUCUCGUUCCCAGCCAUCAUGGACUGGCUAGAUGCAGAGGAAUGGUGGAAGGCACCAACUGGGGAACCCACAGGGGAAGAAGGCUCAGAGCCAGGGGAGUGGUGGUGGGACACCGAGGAGGAGGGAGCAGACUGGGAGGACGAGGUCUCGGAGGCUGAAGAGAUGACAGGGCUUAGUGAGCAGAAAGAGGCUGUGUCAGAGAGCAGUCCAGAAUCAGAGGCAGAAGCUUCCCUUGGUCUCCCAGAACCUGCAGAGGUAUGAAGAGGGUAGAGCAAAGGCAGACAAGAUGAAGGAGUCUCAUAUAUUGCUUGGGAAGGACCCUGGGGAAGAGGAGGCUUGGUCAACGGUGGGAAGGCAGGAACCUUCAGUCCUUGCAGCUGCCUCUUAGUAGCAAGUUCUACCAGGAAGAGUUGAGGUGCUCACUAGGUCUAGAACCUCCUGGAGUUGUCUUGUUUCUUUGAAUAAAGAGUUAACUUCACCAAAGCCGUGUGACCUGCAGGUCUUGUUUCAUGCCAUGCACACAACCUCUUUGCCACCAGGUCAUUGAAAUGGGCUGGUCGUUCCUGCAGCCCCCUUGCAGCCAUGAUUCCUUAUGCCCUAGGGAAAGAGGAGGGGCAUGCAAUUGGGAGGAAACAGAUUUCAGAUGGAAGAACCUUCCCCCCCCAACCCAGUUUUAAUCUGCCUGUGUGUGUGUGUGUGUGUGUGUGUGUGUGUGUAAGACUGUGUAUCAGGUGUUGGGGAGAGCAGUGGAUGGUUGUCAGAUGGAGACAGACACAGCAGAGUGAUGGCAGUGGAUCCCAGGUUCUGCUCCCUGGUUUCCCAAGUUGGUUGUGUGCCAUUUCCCCCUCCUUUUGAUUUAUCACACCUGCGUUUAUGUCUUCGCUUAGAUUUGACCCAACUGCAUCCUUGGAUUUCCUCUGGGCCUGCAUUCACAUCCCUCGCAUUUGGCAAGGACGGGAUCAGAGGAUACCUCAGGUAAUGAGCUGCUUUCUCUACUGAGCAGCUCAGCAAGGAGAAGGUGGCCUUCCCGUGGCCUUCCUCCAGGCAUGGUUGGACUCCAGCUCCAAUCUGCCCCGGGCAGCGUGGUUGGUGGUCAGGGAUCAUUAGAGCUGAAGUCCAAUGGGAUCCGGAGGAUGCCACGUUCCCCGUCCCUGGCGUGAAGGGGGUGCACUUUUCAAGUCAACUUGUUGUUGGGCGGUUGGGGCAUAAGAAGGAAGGAAGGCUUGCUGGCCCAAAAGGCCAUUCUCAAUGAUCCUGCACAAAUGGAUCCAAAGAGCCCUGCGACUAAAACCCAGGGUCCUUGCCUGACCACAGAUGUGAGCCCACAGAUGAGCUCCUGAAGGUGGCUUAGUUCAGCAGCAGCAAACCUGUUUUCUUCCUGCUCCGGAGGGUAGGACUCGAACCAUUGGCUUCCAGUUCCAACAAACGAGAUUCCAACUAAACACCAGGACAGUAGGUGCUGUUUGACAGUGGAAAGGACUCUCAGAAGGUUGUGGACUCUCCUUCCUUGGAAGUUUCUAUGCAGAGUUUGGAUGGCCAUCUGUCAUGGAUGCUUUAGUUGAGAUUCCUGCAUUGCAGGGGGUUGGACUAGAGCAUGGGUAGGCAAACUAAGACCCGGGGGCUGGACUGGCCCAAUCGCUUUCUCAAUCCUGCCCACGGACGGUCCGGGAAUCAGCGUGUUUUUACAUGAGUAGAAUGUGUGCUUUUAUUUAAAAUGCAUCUCUGGGUUAUUUGUGGGGCAUAAGAAUUCGUUCUUUUUUUUCCUUCAAAAUAUAGUCCGGCCCCCACAAAGUCUGAGGGGCAGUGGACUGGCCCCCUGCUGAAAAAGUUUGCUGACCCCUGGACUAGAGGACCCUUGGACAGCUUUCUGACUUUUCAAUUAUAUAUGAUUCCACUGUUGUUCCACCGUCAAACAGCUCUUACAGAUCUUAGAUGUUGGAGUGCAACUCCCAACCAGCCUGUCUAAUGGCUGGGUUGAUGCUGCUGGAGUCUAUGACAACUGCUGGAGGGCACCACAUUGGCUACCCCCAUUGUAGACCACCUCCACAGGAAUGCGGGUGGCGCUGUGGUCUAAACCACUGAGCCACUUGGGCCUGCCAAUCAGAAGGUCGGCGGUUCAAAUUCCCGUGACAGGGUGAGCUCCUGUUGCUGUGUCCCAGCUUCUGCCAACCUAGCAAUUUGAAAGCACAUCAGUGCAAGUAGAUAAAUAGGUACCGCUCCGGUGGGAAGGUGAACGGCAUUUCCAUGCACCCUGGCUUCCGUCACGAUGUCCCGUUGCACCAGAAGCGGUUUAGUCCUGCUGGCCACAUGACCCGGAAAACUGUCUGUGGACAAACGCCGGCUCCCUUGACCUGAAAGCGAGAUGAGCGCUGCAACCCCAUAGCCGCCUUUGACUGGACAUAACCGUCCAGGGGUCCUUUACCUUUUUACUUUAGACCACCUCCCCAGCCCGCUAGUUGCAGGAAACCCGAAUCAGGAGCAAUCUCAAACAGAUGGCUGUUGCUCUUCUGAGAUACCUAUUUGUGUUGGGAAUGCAAAGUCCUGGAUUGCCUUUGUUCACAUCCGUCUCCAAAUUGCAUCGCAGAAACGGCGGGAGGAGUUUGUUCUGCGUCUUGAGGCCCCUGAACUGAUCAGCUUGGUGGAGCUGAUCCUGGCUGAAUCGGAAACCAGGAGCCAGCGCUCUGGAGAGGCCUCCUUUUCCGUCACCCAGUCCCGCCUGCCGCUCCUGCUCAGCUGCUGCCACGGAGAUGUCGAAAGCAUCAAGAAAGUCGCCGAGUACUUGACAGCCUGUAUCCAGCAGUGGGGGAACAGGUGAGGCCUCGCUCGGGAAAAGACACACUUCGCCAUGCAAGACGGGUGCAUCUUUGUUGUUGUUGUUUGUUGUUUAGUCAUCUUAGUCGUGUUCAACUCUCCACGACCCCAUGAACCAGAGCAUGGCUUGGAAACUCUCACUUUCUUCUCAAAGCUUCUCCUUUUUUAUGUCCAUGGAGUUUUCUUGGCAAAAUACUGGAGUGGAUUACUUGUUCCUUCUCCAGGUGGAUCACAUUUAGUCUAUACUCUCGGCUAUGACCUGUCCAUCUUGGGUGUCCCUGCACGGCAUAGCUCACAGCUUCUUGGAGUUAUUCAAGCCCCUUCGCCACGACAAGGCAGUGAUCCACGAAGGGGUGCAACUUGCACACAUUUAAAGCGGGUGAAAAUGGACAAAUUAAACACACGAGAGGUUUUCCCAGCACAAAAAGAGCUUUUGAGCUCUCUGCAUUGCUUGCCAGGCAAGGACCUCUUGCCACGCUGGCUCUGGAAGCCUGGAGAUGGUUCUGCAAGAUCUGAAAGGAACUUGGACAUCCCUGCAAGAUCUCACAAGAGUAUCCCAGACCGGUGCGCUGAGCGGGCCUUGCCCACUAAGCCAUGCAGAGAGCUCAAAAGCUAUUUUCGUGCUGGGUUUCCUGGCUCUGGGAAGCUACGCAUGCUCGAGCAUACACAUUUCUGUGUCUACAUGGAACCCUUGGAACGGAAUCCCCUGCAUAAGAUCUAAUUGUAUGGGACAGCUUUUGGCAAAUGCUGAAGACGCAUUUUUUUGAUGUAUAUAUUUUUAAGGACCCUCCUUAUUUCUCUGAUCUUAAGUUGUUUUAUGUUGUGCUUUAGUUGUUAUACCCCUCCCCCGGGACCUUAGGGGGCUCAAGAUUGGAGGAAAAUGCUCAUAAAUCCUUGGAUACCUCAAAAAGUCCCUCUGGGAGAAACAUGCACUGUUUGUUUCCGUUUCUUUACUCUCCACGUGUUUGCAGGGAUUUAUCUGGUAUCCCUGAGAACUAGCAGCUUGCAUUUUGAAAUAGCUUAUUCCGGUGAAGCUGUUGGGUUGGCAUUGCCCAGUGAAGGUGAAGCUGGGUCUAUGAAGCAGAUACAUUUGGUAGACUUGGAAACCCUUCCUGGAUGGCUCAGUAAUCUCCUGUCUCUUUUUUUCUGUUUCAGCUCAAUGGGAAAACAUUGCCAGGAUCUUCUCCUGCAAAUCUAUCUUCAGCUGCCUGAGCUCCUGGUGCCAGUCCCCGAGACCCUGCUUUCCACCGAAGGGGCCACCGACAGCAGCACCUGCAAAGUAAGGGCAGGGGGAGAGGAAAAGUGUUGAGAAAAAGCCUGGCCCCUCCAUUUUCCUCGAGCCAUUCCGGGACAGGCACCCGCCAGCUACACAGUUCACAAGCCCAGGAAAGCUUCCCUCCGGCAACGAGUUUGAGAAAUCCUAGUCGUGAUUUCCACUAAAUCAUUCAUUUGCCUGCCCGCUGGGUGGUGACCACCAUCUCCACCCCACCCCCCCAGAAAAGGGUGUCAAACGCUUGACCUUCCAAAUGUGACCUGUGCUCUGAUUGUCCCCCUCCCAAAAAAAAUAAAAUAAAAAGCACCCAGUAACUUUCACCCAGUCCAAUGUGAAUCGAGAGAGUCUUUGGAAAUGGGUUGCGGUCUCAAACCUUUCUUCCCUUGUGUUCCAUCAUCAACCCUAAGGAAACGAUCCAGAAACCUGCCAUUGACCACCUCCUCUUGGGGAGACUGGAAGUCUCUUUGCAAGUUGGGAGGUUGGAAAAGGUAGUUUUAGCACAUUCAGUCCAUUUCAGGAAGUGUUUGAGUGCCUGGCCGAUGCCACUGUGGUGUAGUGGUUAAGAGCUGUAGUCUCGCAAUCUGGGGAACCGGGUUCGCGUCCCCACUCCUCCACAUGCAGCUGCUGGGUGACCUUGGGCCAGUCACACUUCUUUGAAGUCUCUCAGCCCCACUCACCUCACAGAGUGUUUGUUGUGGGGGAGGAAGGGAAAGGAGAAUGUUAGCCGCUUUGAGACUCCUUCGGGUAGUGAUAAAGCGGGAUAUCAAAUCCAAACUCCUCUUCUUCUUCUUCUUCUUCUUCUUCUUCUUCUUCACUCUUCUCUCUCUCUCCCUGCAGCUCGACGCCCUGGUCCACCGCUUCAUCACCCUCCUUGCCGACUCCAGCGAUUCCAAGACGAGCGGGAGCCGCCUGUGGGAUGCCAACAUGGCGUGUCGGAAGCUGGCCGUGGCCCACCCCAUCCUCCUCCUCAGGUUCUGCUCAGCCUGCGUUGCUUCAGGAACUUUUACAUUAUCUUUAUACCCAGUGCUUUUUUUUUCUAGGGAAGAAAAAGGUACAGGAACUCAUCGGGAACAGACCUUUGUAGUAGUAGUACAGGCGACUCUCCAUUUUCACGGGGGUUCCAUUCCGGGCCUCUGCGCACGUACGCAAAAUCACGUAUAACGGGGAGCAGCCUGGAGUGCCCUAGUGGCUCAAAGAGGAGACCCAUCCCAGAGCCCAAAGAGGUCCCAUGAGGCCAAAGAGGCCUCCCUGCAUGUCAGCUCUGCAGGAAACCAUGUCCCUCCAGCUGGUGUACGCUGACACCCAGGGAGCCUUCUUCCCCGUGUAUCAGCUCUACAAGCCACAAUGUCCCUCCAGCCAGCGUGUGCUGACACCCAGGGAGGCUUCUUCCCCGCUCAUCUGCUCUGCAAGACACCAUGUCCCUCCAGCUGGCAUGUGCUGACACCCAGGGAGGCUUCUUCCCCACGCAUCAGCUCUGCAAGCCACAGUGUCCUUCUGGCAGGCAUGAGCUGACACCCAGGGAGGCUUCUUCCCCGCGUAUCAGCUCUGCAAGCCACCAUGUCUCUCCAGCCGGCAUGCGCUGACACCCAGAGAGGCUUCUUCCCCGUAUGUCAGCUCUGCAAGACACCAUGUCCCUCCAGCUGGUGUACACUGACACCCAGGGAGGCUUCUUCCCCGCACAUCAGCUCUGCAAGCCACCAUGUCCCUCCAGCUGGCAUGCGCUGACACCCAGGAAGGCUUCUUCCCUGCAUGCCAGCUCUGCAAGCCACCAUGUCCCUCCAACCGGCAUGCACGGACACCCAAGGAGGCUUCUUCCCUGCACAUCAGCUCUCCAAGCCACGAUGUCCCUCUGGCCAGCAUGCGCUGACACCCAGAGAGGCUUCUUCCCCACGCGUCAGCUCUACAAGCCACCAUGUCCCUCCCGCUGUCAUGCGCUGACACCCAGGGAGGCUUCUUCCCCGCACAUCAGUUCUGCUGGUCCGUGAGUUAGAGGCGCAGCCCUGAUUAUACACCCCCCCCCAGGUGCCAAAAUGUGAGCUUUCUCCACUCCAAACCACAAUCAUCCUUCAUGGACAGCAAAGCCCUUAGGGGGAAGCAGUGUAGCUCUGUGGCAGAACACCUCUUUGCAUGCGAGAAGGUCCCCGAUUCAGUCCUCAGCACCUUCAGGCAGGGGAGGAAUUAAGAUCACCAUCUGAAAUCCUGGAGAGCUGCUGCCAAUCCAGCGGACAUCACAGAGUUAGGCAUGCUAAAGGUUUGACUCAAGGUCUAAGGCAGAUUCCUAUUUAGAUCAGCCCUUUAGUCUGAACGGUGAGGACUGGAAACUUGCUUUGUUUAUAGGCGGCAGCUCAGCAGCAGAGCACCCACCUUGUAGGGAGUGCGCUCCAGCCAUAUAAACGAGAGCAGGCGAGACCAAGAGUGGGUCAAGAAGGCGGUUUCUGCAAGCAUUGAGGAGGGAAGUGAGAGGCAGAUGGGGCUGGUCCGCCUGGGAAGGGAGCCCAUCUAGGAGAGGAAAAACUCUGACCCUAAACCUCCACUUCCUUGUGGGAAGACAGUGCUAAGGAGUAAACCCUGCACAAAUCUGGAGUGAGUCCCUAAGGCGGUUGAGGGGCGCCUUGUAAGCCUCCUUCCGGCAACUCCUGCAGCCCAGCUGGUGCCAAACGUCUUGCUCUGCUUUCCUUUGGACCCCAUCAGCGAGGCCAAGAGGGGGAUCUUGUUAUCCGGGCAGCCCAGGACCCCCUUGGACAUUGCCCAGGCUUUCCCCCAAGGGGGCUCACUCUUGUAGGAAUGAUCACUAAGUGUGGAGCACACUCCCUGCCCGCGGGCAGCCUCAGCUGCCUGCACGCGUGACCUUGGGGUGCAGGGCAUACUCACCCUCACAGAUAAGGCCACAGCUGUCUGAACAUCUUGCCCUCUGUCUAACCUUUUGCGGUCUCAGUAGUCUGCGGUGUCCUGUCUGAGACCUUUGUCUCCUUCGGCAUACAUUGUGCAAGGGGAAAAUGACGCGGUGGAAACAGGUGCCAAAGUACCACCCCACGAUCUCGGGACUGGAAGAUGUGUAAAGGUCACAGCCCAAAAUGUACCUGCCUGAGUUUGCAUAUUGUGUCAAUAAAAGGAGGCUCCACAGAGCUGGCCGGCAGCUUGCUUGCAGCUCACCUGCAUUAUCAACUCCUGCCUCGUGUCCUUCACUUCAGCUUUGGUGCUACAAACGCCUGAGAAGGUGUUCAGUGGUACCUCGGGUUAAGUACUUAAUUCGUUCUGGAGGUCCAUUCUUAACCUGAAACUGUUCUUAACCUGAAGCACCACUUUAGCUAAUGGGGCUUCCUGCUGCCACUGCACCACCGCCACACGAUUUCCGUUCUCUUCCUGAAGCAAAGUUCUUACCCUGAAGCAUUAUUUCUGGGUUAGCGGAGUCUGUAACCUGAGGUGUAUGUAACCUGAAGCAUAUGUAACCCGAAGUACCACUGUACUCCAUUGUCUCUUGAGACAGGCUAAAGGAUGGGAAGCCCAAAUCCAAAACUCCUUCAGGAAAAGGGAUCAAAGAGUAAGUUCUUGCUGCCUGCUGCAUAAACGUCCUAAGGCGGCCUCUCUCCUCCCUCUGUCCCCAGGCACCUGCCGAUGAUCGCGGCCUUGCUUCACGGACGGGUCCACCUCAACUUCCAGGAGUUCCGCCAACAGAACCACCUCACCUUCUUCCUCCACGUCUUGGGCAUCCUGGAGCUCCUGCAGCCGCAGGUCUUCCAGAGCGAACACCAGGAGGCGCUGUGGGACUGCCUCCUCUCCUUCAUCCGCUUGCUUCUGGUAGGAGAGGCUUUGGGGGCAGAGAGGGGAGCCACACUCUGGCGGGGGCAGGGGGGUUGCCAAAAAGCUGGGGGCCCUGCAAUCUUGUGGCCUUGCGUGGGGGGAGAUGCAGCCAUGCAACGUGGACACAAAGCUCCUGGGGUGAGCAGGCUCUAGGCUUGCAAGGUCAGCUUUGCUUUCUGCUGUUAUUUCUUUGUUUCAGGGGUUUGGGGAACCUCGGGCCCAGCGGUGAGAUGUGGCCCCCCAGGCCUUUCUACCUGGCCCUUGAGAUUCCACCCAGGCCCUUCCUAAUACAGUCAUACCUCAGGUUGCAUCCGCUUCAGGUUGUGUUUUUUCGGGUUGAGGACUGCUGAAACCUGGAAGUACCGGGACGUGUUACUUCCGGGUUUCAGGAGUCACGCAUGUGCAGAAGUACUAAAUCAUGCUUUGCACAUGCGCAGAAGCACCAAAUUGCAACCUGCACGUGCGCAGACGCGGGUUGCGAACGCUAUGGGUUGAGAAUGUGCAUCCCGCAUGGAUCACGUUCACAACCCGAGCGUCCACUAUAAUAAUAAUGAUAAUAAUAAUGGCCUUCUCGGUGGUGGCGCCCGCCCUGUGGAACGCCCUCCCAUCAGAUGUCAAGGAAAUAAACAACUAUCUGACUUUAAGAAGACAUCUGAAGGCAGCUCUGUUUAGGGAAGUUUUCAAUGUUUGACAUUUUAUUGGAUUUUUGAUAUUCUGUUGAAAGCUGCCCAGAGUGGCUAGGGAAACCUGUUAGCUAGGGAUGAUGGGAGUUGUAGUCCCAAAACAUCUGGAGGGCAGAGUUUGCCUGUGCCUGUUUGAUGGAUAUGUAUUUGGUAUUGUAUCUAAUUUACAUUUGCAAAAUCAAAUAAAAAUGAUUUUGAAAAAAACAAUCAAACCUUCAGGGAGGGAGAUCCCAUUGCACUGUUGAAUGUUUCUUGCUGAUGUUGGACUCUCCUUUCUUGUAACUGGAGCAGAAGAAAACAAGCUCGUUCACCAAGUUCUUCAAAGUGAGAUCUUGGAGAGCAUUUAUAUCCAGCUAAGGCCAAGCUGAUGUUCCUUCGCUGGUGGUGUUGCUUGAAUGGUAAUGGGUGGCUCUCGUUCCUUCAGCAAGUGGAUGAGGCCAGACUCCCUGGGGCAACCAGAAGUUGGAAUGGCCAGGGUGGGACUAGACCGGUCUCCCCAUUGUCUUAAUGUUUUUCCUGAGAGGCCGCCUUGCAGUGGCCCUGGGUUCCCUGGCUUGAUAGCAGAAGUCAAGGUUCUUCUUCCCAUCGACUCCGCCUGUGUGAACCAGCCCUUAGAACACCCUGGGUUACGGGAGAAGGAUGAGCCUCCAGGCUGCUUCCAAAAUCUCGUCCCCAUACUUAUGGCAAAAUAUUGGAAAACAGACAAAGUACCACAAAUGACAGAAUGGCAAGUUACGAUGCAUAGGGGAAUACAUGAAGAAAUAUGGUGUUAAAGCAGAACUCUUAAUAGGCAAUUAUUAAGCGUGUAAGGACAAAAGAGAAGCAAAGCUACAGGGAACCAGGCAGAGGGCCUUCUCGGUAGUGGCGCCCGCCCUGUGGAACGCCCUCCCAUCAGAUGUCAAAGCAAUAAACAACUACCUGACAUUUAGAAGACAUCUUAAAGCAGCCCUGUUCAGGGAAGCUUUUAAUCUGUGAUAUUUUACUGUAUUUUUUGUUUCUAUGGAAGCCGCCCAGAGUGGCUGGGGAAACCCAGCCAGAUGGGCGGGGUACAAAUAAAUUAUUAUUAUUAUUAUUAUUAUUAUUAUUAUUAUUAUUAUUAUUAUUUAACAGUUUUCAUGUUAUUCUAUUUUGUUAAGGCAACUAGGAAAAAAAUACUAUGAUGAGAAGAUCUUACACAGGUGAAGGGAAGCAGUGGGGAGGAGGGGAGGGUUAGCUUGAAUUUGGGAAAUAAAAUAAUAUAUGGGACAGCAAAGGAUAUAAUAGAUUCUUAUAGAAUAGUAAUAUAUCGUAACCAGAAUAGAAGUUAAAAAAGGGGAAGUAAAUGUAUUUUUAGUAUUUUCAUUAUUGUAAUGGUUAUUAUUUCUUAUCGGUAGAAGGCAAUGUUAAUUUAGGCUUCUUCGUUUUGUUGUCUGUAUAAUUUUCUUAAGUCAAUAAGAAAAGAAAAGAAAAUCUCAUCCCCAGUUGCCUUUGCUUUGCUUCAGAGCUACCGGAAGUCUUCGCGCCACUUGGCCGCCUUCAUCUCCAAGUUUGUGCAGUUCAUCCACAAGUACAUAACUUCCAACGCCCAGGCAGCUGUCGCCUUCCUGCAGAAACAUUCGGACCCCCUUCAGUAAGUCUCUCGCUCUGGGUUUGUCCAGGAUGUGGGGCGGUUGGGGGCUCAGAGGAGGGAGAUGGGGUAGCCCAGAAGCGAUGUGAACACACCCGCGGCCAUUGCUCUCCUUCCCCGCAGUGACCUCUCGUCGGACAACAGCGACCUGGCGAUGCUGAAGUCUCUCCUGGCCGGCCUGAGCCUGCCCAGCAAGAACGGCGCCGCGGACCGAGGGGCUGACGAGGAAAAGGACGGUGAGUCUUGGGCUUUCCAUUUGAGUUUCACCUCUCACAUUUGUUUGUUUAAACUUAUUUCAUGUAUUUAUAACUCGCCCUUCUCCCAAGCUGGGAUUUGAGGUAGCUUACAACGUUUAAAGGGUGGCACUGUGGGUUAAACCACUGAGCCUAGGGCUUGCCAAUCAGAAGGUCGGCGGUUCGAAUCCCCACAACAGGGUGAGCUCCCGUUGCUCCGUCCCUGCUCCUGCCCACCUAGCAGUUCGAAAGCACCUCAAAGUGCAAGCAGAUAAGUAGGUACCGCUCCGGCGGGAAGGUAAACGGCGUUUCCGUGCACUGCUCUGGUUCGCCAGAAGUGGCUUAGUCAUGCUGGCCACAUGACCCGGAAGCUGUACGCCGGCUCCCUCGGCCAGUAAAGCGAGAUGAGCGCCGCAACCCCAGAGUCGGCCACGACUGGACCUAACGGUCAGGGGUCCCUUUACUUUUACCUUUACAACGUUUAAAACAUCAUUACAAAACAUGCAAUCAUAAAAAGAAUCCAGUUGUAAACAAUAGGCAGGUCCCAGGAGUUCAGGGGUAGUUUUUAAAAAUAAUUUUAUAAGUUGUGUGUCCUUGUUUCUCAGUUUGAUCCUUUUACAUGGUUUUGUACAUUUUCUGGUAUUUUAUGCAUUGAGAUUUGCAGUUGUUUUAUUGAUUAUAGAUUAGUAAAUAUUGUAAUUGAUAAGUGUAAACUGCUAGAUUAUUAUUUGCUGAUGUUUACUGUUGGGUUCUAAUGGAUUAUUGAAUACAUAUAUUGCUUUAUUUGAUAUAAGUUGCUUAUUUUAAAGUUAUGUUGACUUUUUAUUUAGGAUCUGGUUGUUACUAUUAGUGCUUUAUUUUUUUUAUUUUUUUUUAUGUGUGUUGGAAGCCUCCCACAGUGGCUGGGACAACCCAGCCAGAUGGGUGGGGUAUGAAUAAAUUAUUAUUAUUAUUAUUAUUAUUAUUACUACUACUACUACUACUACUACUACUACUGCUACUUCUGGACUCUGAGAUCUGUGCACCUAACAGAGCACUAACAAAACCCUCUCCCUCUCUCUUCUGUGCAUCUUCAGAUGAAGUCCCCGGCGCAAGUUCCUUGCCCCUUGUCAGUGUCUCUCUCUUUACUCCUCUCACUCCAGCUGAAAUGGCCCCGUACAUGAAGCGACUCUCCAGAGGUCAGGCUGUGGAGGGUAAGUCAAGGCCAAUAUGGUCUGCAUUGACUGGGCAGCAGCUCUGCCCAGGGUUUCAGACAGGGUAUUCCUCAUGGUGAAUGUGCUUCUGAAAAUGAUAAUGCAUUUUGAAAACACUGAUCUAACGCUUGCACAGUGCAGGUACCCAAAUGUUGCAGAAGCGGGGGGCAAUGUUCAAUGGCAGGGGGCAUUCAUCAUCAUCAUCAUCAUUUUAUUUGUAUGCCUCCUUUCCAUAGUUAAAACAAUGCCCAAGGCAGCUUACAACGUGACAAGAUUCCCAUAAUUGCCAACAUAACAAAAGUCAUAAACAAUAAAGAAAACACAUCAAAUGGUACACAACCAAAUGGAAAACAAUUUCCAUUUUCCCCCCAUGGUAAAUCUUUAUUGGUUUAAAAUACAAACGUACAACGAAGGUAAGUAUAGAGGAGUUAAAUACAAAAAAAGAAAACAUCAAGACAUAAAAGAAAAACUUGGAAAAGACAACAAAGAAAAGAAAAACAAGAAAAAGAACCAAAAAUUUAUAGAAAAUCAUAUCUAUCAAAUACAAAUUUCUGCAUAAAACUUCCUUCAUUCUCAUGAUACUGUUUCUAUUGUCAUAAAAUCUAAAACUAAAAAUACAACGUUAAUAUCAAUAACAAUUUAAAAUGACGUAGAUAAAAAAUAAAAACAAUUUUGAAAGGGAGCCCUCUCUGCUGAGCAACAGCAGUCCUUUAUGGAGCCUGUCAGGCCCUGCCCCAGGCCAGGUGGAGAGAGGCAGAGCAGGGCCCUCAGGCUCCCUUAGGAUAUUCACGUGGUGCUCCUUGCUAUAGGGGGCCCCUCAAUGGGAAGCAGUUCCCUACAGAAGCCACAGGCGACCUGUGAAUCGGUCUAACGCUACUACAUUACAUCCCAACUCUUGGUGUAAUAGCCUGUGAACCAGUAAACUACUGGCUAAAUCCUCGCCUCUGCUGUGAACUCCAUGGGUGGCCUUAGGCAAGCCACUGUUUCGUUUUUCUCAGCAUCUGUCUCCCCAUCUGUACUAUGGGGGGGGGGAAUAAUGAUACUGAACUGACUUGGAAAAUUGUUGCAAGAAUUACAACAAAACGGUGUGCCUGGAGUGCUUGGAACAGCUAUGUUGUUGUUGUUGUUUAUUUAUUUAUUUAUUUAUUUCAAUUAAUUUAUUAAUCGCCUCCUAAACUGUGGGUUAAACCACAGAGCCUAGAGCUUGUGGAAAGACCAAGAAAGGGAACACAAAAAAUAACAGCUUUUUAAAGUUAUGUAUGUAGCUCAUUUAGCCAUGGUUAACAAGCAAAUCAGGGACGCGGAUGGCGCUGUGGGUUAAACCACAGAGCCUAGGGCUUGCCGAUCAGAGGGUCGGCGGUUCGAAUCCCCGCGACGGGGUGAGCUCCCGUUGCUCGGUCCCUGCUCCUGCCAACCUAGCAGUUCGAAAGCACCUCAAAGUGCAAGUAGAUAAAUAGGUACUGCUCCGGCGGGAAGGUAAACGGUGUUUCUGUGCGCUGCUCUGGUUCGCCAGAAGCGGCUUAGUCAUGCUGGCCACAAGACCCGCAAGCUGUACGCCGGCUCCCUCUGCCAAUAAAGCGAGAUGAGCACCGCAACCCCAGAGUCAGCCACGACUGGACCUAAUGGUCAGGGGUCCCUUUACCUUUACUUUUAAACUGCCAUCUCAAGGUGAUUUACACAUAAAAUAAUUAAAAACAGUUAAACACACAAAAAACAGGAAAUAUAUUUAAAACACAACCAAAAGCCUAACAAGUGGACACUCGCAGUCGAGUCCCAUUUAUCCAGCCAAGCAAGCCUGUUGGAACUAAAAUGUCUCCAGCUGUUCCAGAAAGUGCAAACAGGGGGCGCCUGUGGUAUAUUGAUAGCGAUGCUGUUCCACAGAACAGGGGCCACCACACUAAAAGCCCUGCUCCAACUUACUGCAGAGAGAGUUUCUGAGACCUUUGGAACUUGCAGAAGAGACUAUCUUGCAGACGGCAGCAAUCGACUUUGUGUAUAAGGGAUAAGUUUGAUUAUGAAGAGCUGUUAUAAAGCAGAUUGCGUUCGCUUGAGAGGCUGUCAUCUCCUUCCUCCCCCUCUUCUUAGGGGUAGGGACACCAGAUUGCUCACCCCAGUCUCUUUGUUUUGCCCUGCUUCCCAGAUAUCCUGGAGGUGCUGACCGAUAUCGACGAGAUGUCCAGGCGAAGACCGGAAAUCCUUGCCUUCUUUUCCGUAUGUUGCCCCCAUCCUCGUUCAGUUGUCUGCUUUGUGUGUCUCUUGCUCUGCCCUGGUCCCCUUCGGUGGGAUGUUCAUUUCCCCACCCUUUCGGAAAAAGGGUUGACAGAGCCUGUGUCGCCAACCACUUUGGCCAUGGGUAGGCAAACUAAGGCCUGUGGGCCGGAUCCUGCCCAUUCGCCUUCUCAAUCCGGCCUGCGGAUGGUCUGGGAAUCAGUGUGUUUUUACAUGAGUAGAAUGUGACCUUUUAUUUAAAACGCAUCUCUGGGUUAUUUGUGGGGCAUAGGAAUUGGUUCAUUUCUUUUCCUUUUUCCAAAAUAUAGUCCGGCCCCCCACAAAGUCUGAGGGACAGUGGACCUGCCCCCUGCUGAAAAAGUUUGCUGACCCCUGACUUUGGCCAGACUCCUAAGCAGCCUAAUCGCCUGUGGCGAGUAAGAAUUCCAUGCAAGCGGUUAGGAAGCGUUUGCGAAAAUGGAAGUCAGUGCUCCGCAAGCAAUCCGUAACCUAGGUGGCAGACAAAUGGCAGGGGCAGGGAGGCUCCAAUGUUGAUCUCGAUGUGUGGGCAGGUUGACCUGGGUAUGAGUUUCAGGGUAUCCCUUGGGGUACCUUGGCUCCCUUUCAUCCCAGCAUGCCCUGGGGCUAACAGUAGGCUCCACCUCUUCCUGCUCUGUUUCUGGGCAGAAGCCGGCCCUGACAGUGCCAGUUUUCCCCAUGGCUUCUGCCAGCCACUGUAGACACUCCAAAGACUUGCCAAAAGGGAGCACUUCUGGAGCCAAGUUCUUUGGCUUCUUUGGGGUUGCAGGAGGGGAAGAGAGUGCUGAGCUGGAAUGCCCACCUCUCUCCUAUGGAAAAGCCCACCCUGGAAGUUGCUUUCUCUUACUCUGAACCACUGAAGGGGUUCUGUAACUAUUGGUUUUUUUAAAUUUUUUAUUUUUUAUUACUAUUAUUAUUGAAUUGUUAUACAAACAAAACAAGGUAUAAAAACAUUUCAAUUGAAUACAAAAAAGAAAAGUAAAGAAACAGAAAAAAGGGAAAAAAUACAAAAAAAGAAAACAGAGCAAACGCAAAAAGUAAGAACAUAAAUAUAAUACAAGGUAACUAUAAUAGACAGCUCAGAAUGUUAUUUCUCUACUGAGAUGCUGACCCUUCUGGGGUGAAUCUCUUUUUAUUAUACUUUUGGUUUUUUGACUUCUGUCGACCUCACGCUGGUUCAUUUCUUAUAACUAAAGCAAUUUCUCUGUAUUUCAAUAUAUUCCUUAUCUUGGUAUAAGGAGACAUUUUCCUACUUACGGGUUUAUUCGAAACACAACCAAAUCUUGAACCUUGACUCGAUAGGUAGAUAUUUAGGCAUUCCCAUUCCUUCUGGACUAUUUUAUUGGACUUGUUCCUUAAGGCUUCAGUCCACUUAGUGAGUUCCAAGUACUUGCUUAGCUUCUGUAGCCAUUCUUCUCUGGUUGGUAUAUGGUCACCCUUCCAGUACUUGGCUAUUAGUAGGGGUUCUGUAACUAUUGUUACUGGCAUUGCCCUCCAUCGUCCUUUCUCUCUUCCACCGCUCAGACUCACCUGCAAAGACUGAUGAGCUCUCCCGAGGAAACCUGCCGGAAUCUCGCCUUCUCCCUCGCGCUGCGCUCGAUACAGAACAACCCCAGGUGCGGAUGGGCAGACCCUGCAUGGAGGGCAGGGGGGCUGAUGGGGCCUAGGAACCGACACAGGGAGUUUGACUCAAGCCGCUUUGCUCAUAGAGGGCAGCCCUUGAAAAUCCCAGGGAGGGGGAACGAAUUCCAGGCUGUUUCUGAGACAGAUGACGAAGAUCACUCAGUUUGAAACAGAAUCAGUUCCAGGGCAACGCUGUCCAACAAGGAAUGGGUGGCUGUAGAUCUCAGGAACCGCAUGACUUGGUUGUAAAUCUGCAAGAAACAGGAGGCGGUGCUGGGUUUGGGUAUAGGCCAGCUGCAAAGCUGAACAACUGUAGUGUAAGAACACAAGAAGAGCCCUGGCAGGAUCAGGCCCGUGGCCCAUCUAGUCCACAAGAGCACUCUCCCCUCCUGUUUUCAUGUUGCAUCUUUGCAUUCCGCUGAAAGGUAAAGGGGACCCCUGACCAUUAGGUCCAGUUGUGACUGACUCUGGGGUUGCGGUGCUCAUCUCGCUUUAUGGCCAAGGGAGUCGGCGUACAGCUUCCGGGUCAUGUGGCCAGCAGGACUAAGCCGCUUCUGGCGAACCAGAGCAGCGCACGGAAACGCCGUUUACCUUCCCGCAGGAGCGGUACCUAUUUAUCUACUUGCACUUUGAUGUGCUUUCGAACUGCUAGGUUGGCAGGAGCAGGGACUGAGCAACGGGAGCUCACCCCGUCACGGGGAUUCGAACCGUGGACCUUCUGAUCGGCAAGCCCUAGGCUCUGUGGUUUAAACCACAGUGCCACCCUUGCCGCUUAGAUAUUCUUAAAAAUACUAAGCAGUUCAGGCAUGCUUUUAAAUACAGAUAAAGCUCAAUUCCACAAGCUGUCGCGACAGCCACUAACAGGGGAUUCAACACAUUUGUGGUGGGAGGAGUAGGCUGUUCUUCAUGAUGGCUGCGCAGAACCUCCCUGCACAACUGCAGUCUACCUCCAAAUACCAAAUGCGAGGGAACAACAAUGGGAGAGCGCUUUUGCCCUCAUGUCCCACUUGGGGGCUUUCCAUAUUCCUGCCUUCUGUGCAAACAGGACACUGAACUAAAUGGGCCUGUGGCCUGAUACAGCAGCCUGGCUUUCCUGGUAUUCUCGACUCACCGAAAUCCUCUCUCUCCUUUCCACUUUCCAGCAUUGCGGCCGACUUCCUCCCCACGUUCAUGUACUGCCUUGGCAGCCGUGACUUUGAGGUUGUUCAGACAGCUCUGAGAAACCUGCCUGAGUACACCCUCCUUUGCCAAGGUAAGAGCAGGCAGUUGCUUUUCCUGAUGCUUCCACCGUGCUUUGCAAGGUGGUUGUAAGAACUGCAGAGCUCAGUGUAAGCGAGCGAGAGACUCUGAGCACUCAGAAAAUGCCAUGGGGAAGGGGGGAGAGGUUUGCAUUUGUGUAAGGCUGGCUCCUCCGAUAUAACAGAAGCACAGCUAGGGAAGGGGUAAAGAGCCCUUGACCUUCAAGGAGAGAGGCAGUGUGGAGCAGCGGUUAGAGUCUUGGACUGGGGAGAUGCGAGUUCAAAUCGCCACUCAGCCAUCACACUUCCUGGGCGGCCUUAGGCCAGUCACUGGGUCUUAGCCUAGCCUACCUCACAGGUUUGUUGUGAGGAUCAAACAGGAGAGGAGAACCAUAGCUAGCUUCUUCGUGCUCCUUGGAGGAUGAGGGGGUAGGCUUGUUGUCUGGGCAGCCCAGGACUUCCAUACACACUGCCCAGGUCAUUUAGGUGCUACUAACACAGCUAUUUAGCUUCACCUCUGGAGGCACAUUCCAUUGACUCUCAAGACCGAUGGUUGCCAACAUGGAUAAUGAUGAUGAUGAUGAUGAUGAUGUAUUACAGUGGUACCCUGAGGUUUUUUUUUAAGAAUAAUUUUUUAUUAACCGACCAAUCACAUCAAAUCAAACCAAAUUACAUAAAUUCCAAAUUACACAGCCGAAUGUUAAAUUUUUGUUGGGGGUACCCAUAUUUCAAGUUCCGAAGGGGAUCCAAUCAACUUCUUGCUUCUUACUGCUGUUUUAAUGUCCACAAAUCUAACCUUAUGAUGUUCACAGUACUAUCCAGUCCUUUCUUAUUGUUUUUCCACAUCUCUUGUUGUUAUUUUAAUAUAUUUUUCCUUUCUCUUUGUGACCUCUGAUAGUCUCCACAAGCUGGUUAGAACAGUUUGUAAUCCUGCGUGGAUAUUAUUUUUUUUAUCCAGUAGCCAUAUCCAGACGUUUUCCAUAUAACAUCACUUCCAUACAUCAAAACAGUCUUAGCGUCAUUAAUCUUCACCAAUCUGCCUCCUUUCUCAAAACCUCUGAGGAGAUUCACUAGGAAUGCAGUCUGAAAACAAGUCCGUUCCUCCUCCCGGGUAUAAAUCCUUUGGCAAGAUGGCGACUCCGAAUUAAUUGCUGCACCAUUCCAAAAGCUCUUAUUGCUUCUCGAUCUCCAUAAAGCAUACCUUUGGUUAAAGUUUAUCUCCACACAGACCUUAAUCAUCCUGCUUGGGUCAGUUCAACUGACGAUUCUAAUGUACAGUGGUACCUUGAGUUACAGACACUUCAGGUUACAGACACUUCAGGUUACAGACUCUGCUAACCCAGAAAUAGUACCUCGGGUUAAGAACUUUGCUUCAGGAUGAGAACAGAAAUCGCGCAGUGGCAGCAGGAGGCCCCAUUAGCUAAAGUGGUACCUCGGGUUAAGAACAGUUUCAGGUUAAGAACGGACCGCCGGAACGAAUUCAGUUCUUAACCCAAGGUACCACUGUACUUACACCCUGCCCAUCUGGCUGGAUUUCCCAACAGAAUUAAAAGCACAAUAAAACAUCAGACAUUAAAAACCUCCCUAAACAGGACUGCCUUCAGAUGUCUUCUAAAAGUCAGAUAGUUGUUUAUCUCCUUGACAUCUGAUGGGAGGGCGUUCCACAGGGCAGGCGCCACCACUGAGAAAGCCCUCUGCCUGGUUCCCUGUAACUUCGCUUUUUGCAGCGAGGGAACCACCAGAAGGCCCUCGGAGCUGGACCUCAGUGUCCAGGCAGAACGAUGGGGGUGGAGACACUCCUUCAGGUGUACUGAGCCUUUGAGGCCGUUUAGGGCUUUCAAGGUCAGCACCAACAUUUUGAAUUGUGCUCGGAAACGUACUGGGAUAGUUCUUUUCCAUUAUUUCCAAGAUAGGUCCUGCUACUAAACCCCACCUGCCCCGGCCCAGCACCAGAAUAGCUUUGCCUCCUUUUAGCCCUCCACCUCUGUGCUCAGUUUCAGCUCCCAGCCUUCCACCCUCCUUCAGAACCCAACUUUUCCAGCUACUUUUCUUUGCUCUGAAAACACAGGUGGCAUUUAGUGUGGAAGCCUCAGAGGAGCGGCUCGUUGACUUUUCCUUCAGAUUCUGUGGGUUCGGCUUGGGCUUCUCAGAGUCUGCAUCCUCUUCUGACAAAUGGGCUUCUCCGGCCCAGUGGUGGCACGAUGGGGCUGUGUGUACGCUUUGGUCAAAUGUCAGCAGGCAAGCUUUUUCUCUGAUCCUGGAAAAAUAUUGGCAGGCGUUCCCGUUAGGCCAAGGUGAUACUGAUCGGUACGGUGGCAGCCCAGCUCAUUCUCUGACAUUGCCAAUUGAGUUGUGCGGUAGGAGAGGGGAAGCUAUGAUAAUAAUAAUAAUAAUAAUAAUAAUAAUAAUAAUAAUAAUAAUAAUAUAUUUUUUAUCCUGCCCUUCCCAGCCAAAGCAGGGCUCAGAGUGGCUAACAACAGUAAAAAUAGCACAGUUUACAUAAAAUCACAAGCAAUUAAUUAUUAUUUUUUAAAUUUUUAAUUUGUAUACCAUCUUUCUAUCUUCCAAUACUCAAGGUGGUUUACAAGCUGAAAAUGUACAUCUUAGAACAAUCUAUUGCAAUACAAAAAUGUGAUAAUAAAACAUAACUUUAAAAUAGGCAACCUAUAUCAAAAAAGUAACAUUCAACAAUCAUUAGAAUAGUAUUAAAUAAUAAUAAUAAUAAUAAUAAUAAUAAUAAUAAUAAUAACACAAAAGUUAAACAGAAAUCCACUCAACAGUUAAAAUAAAUAAUUUAUAAACUAUAAUCUAAACUAUAAACUAAAUAUAAUAUGAAACAACGGCAAGCCACAAAAUCCAUUCUAAAAUCAAUUCAGAAUCAAAUUAAUUCUAACCAUUGGGCUAGAAUUCUAUGAGGAUUAGAGAAGGAGAGAGGGGGUCAGGCUGUGCCUUGGUCAAAGGCCUGGUGGAACAGCUCUGUCUUGCAGGCCCUGCGGAAAGAUGUCAAGUCCCACAGGGCCCUAGUCUCUGGUGACAGAGUGUUCCACCAGAUUGGGGCCACGGCCGAAAAAGCCCUGGCUCUGGUUGAGGCCGUUCUUAGCUCCCUGUGGCCCGGGACCUCCAAGAUGUUUUUAUUUGAAGACCGUAAGGUCCUUCGUGGGACAUACCAGGAGAGGCGGUCCCAUAGGUAUGAGGGUCCUAGGCUGUAUAGGGCUUCAAAGGUUAAAACCAGCACCUUAAACCUGAUCCUGUACCCCACCGGGAGCCAGUGCAAUUGGUAUAGCACCGGGUGAAUGUGAUCCCGUGGUGAGGACCCCGUAAGUAGUCUUGCCGCGGCAUUCUGGGCUGCAGCAAGCAGGACCCCAGCCCAAGAGCUCUCUCUCCUCCUGUGAUUUCCAGCAACUGGUAUUCAGAAACAUUGCUGCAUAUCAACCUAAGCUUCCUUUUCCUGCUUAUUUGGCUAUAACAUUUGAUAGAAUACAGAUAAUUGAACAAACUUUGUUGCAUUACAUUCUUCAUUAAAUUAUCUUUCCAUCGAUAUAUAAUUUCAUGGUAUUACUCCAAAAGAAAGUGGUGUUAUGAGCCAUCAAACCUCAGAAAUACACUUUCCCCAAAAGGUUUCCACAGUUUUGGCCACUAGUGUAAGUCCUCUCUUCCUAACGCACGGCUCUGCUUCUGGGGGUUUUUUGGAGGGUGGGCAUGAGGAAGGGUCCUGGGCCAGCCUGCGUUUCCUGUGGCGAACCCACCCGCCUCCUGACUGAAUCUGCUGUUCCUCCUUCGUCUCCUCUGCCUGCGCCCAUCUCUCUCCUUCUUCGCAGAGCAUGCUGCCAUUUUGCUCCAGAGGGCCUUCCUGGUGGGGAUGUACGGGCAGAUGGACACCAGCUCCCAGAUCUCGGAAGCCCUGAAGAUUUUGCAUAUGGAAGCCAUGAUAUGAAGAGGGACAACCUGGUGGCUCGGGACUCCGAGAGGACAGAAGGACCUUGCUGGACCUUGAUAGUGAAGAACCCGAGGAGAAGGCACAUGCUUGAGUCUGCCAGUGGCAAGGACCAGUCCCUGGUACUUCUUACCAGGCAUCUUCCACAAAAAAGGACAAAGGUCACUUUGGCUUAAGGGAUGCUGGUAUUGUUCCUCUCCAGCCAUUGAUUAAGGUCAGGGAUGGGGAACCUGUGACCAGAUGGGGGCUGUAGUCCAACAUCUGGAGGGCCAAAUGUUCCCCAGCUCAGAUUUAGGCAGAGAGCAAAAUGUCUUGGAAGUCCUGAUUAGAAGCCAUUUUGCCUCUCCAGUGGGGACCAGUGUGGUGAGCACCCCUCUCAUUUGGGGCGGCUAAAAAGUGGGGGUAUCUGUUGGACUCUUCCUGGGGUGCGGUUUUGCCAAAACACCUCCCAGUGCAGCCAGCCAGCUCCACAACAACGACCUGAUAAUGUUUCAUUUUAAAAAAAAUUAAAAAUAGCUGUUUUCCUGUUGCGCUGCCUUUAUUUAUGCAUCUCCUUUGGUUUCUCUUUCCUUUUUUACAAUGGCUUGGUCUUGAAAAUGUAACCCAAGGGGUAAAUUUGCUUCUGCCUCGUUCAAAAAACAAAACACAGUUUUCCUUUCUGUUUUUAACCUUUUGCACCUGUUUUUAACCUUCAUUAAAGAUGAUCUGAGCUUGCAC